CACAAGCCUGCCUUGCCUGCAGUGUGGCGGAAUGAUUCACUGUGGUGAGAUGGAGUUCCGGUCCGGUGUGUGGGAUGGGAGCUUGUUAGAUGAGCCUGUUGUAUGUCAGCCCGGGGAGUGUAGUAUCCUUCCGCCGGUACUGGGCGCUGUGUCCUGAGCGAGCUGUCCGCAGGAAGAGGGGGGUCCCUGCCGUACGCAACCUGAGGUGCGUGUCCCGGGGGGGCUGGGCACAGGCUCGGUGAGGGCUCAGUGCGGGCACUCCAGCUGCUGCGGACUACCUUUCCUGGGAUGCUCAGUGCUAGCUCGCUAAGCAUCAUGGGAGACGUAGUCCACAACAGCUGGAGAGCUGGGGAGUAGGUUAGUAGAUUGCUGUUCAUCUCUGUGAGUGUGCUGCUGUCAUUGAAUUUGUUCUGUGAAGUGUUUUUUUUUUAAAUUUAUUUUAAAACCACCUGUUUACAUUAUGGUUUAUACCAGGCUUGGCCUCCAGCUGUUGUAGGACUACACCUCCCAUGAUGCUCUGCCAGCCUUAAUGCUUCCAAAACACCAUGGGCUUUGUAGUUGUUACACCUGGGGUGGAACAUUAUCCAUAUUUUUAUGUCUAAAAUGAAAAGUUCUAAAUCUGUUGCUAUCAAAACGAAAUGUAUCUUGUUGCUCUAUUUAGAAUUCUGACUUAGAACUGCUUUCAGUUCAUAGGGUUCUUUUACAUGUUUGUCAAUUUCUGCUUGUGACUUAGUCACGAUGGGUACUUCCCAUUCAAUCCCCAAGUAGAAGAAUUCUUUUUUUUUUAAUGGAACAUUUAUACUUUAUAAGAAAAUAAACAUUGUGGGGGAAAAAAAAAAAAGCUAAACUAAGGGAAAGGGUAAAGAAGAAGAAAAGAAAGGGCUAAAAUUUAUAUUCACUAGUUUUGAAUUUUCUGGAAUUAAGUGUGAUUUUUAAUUUCUAGUUCAAAUUAGACAAGUUGUGUGUGCCUUACCAAGGCUGCUAUAUAUUUAAACACCGUCCAGUGCUUGAUUGUGUGACCAAGUACAGACCAAGUUGUGCAGUAUAUGAGCAUCUUUGACGUUUUAUAUCCGCAGCCCAGAAAAUAGAAUUCCGACUGACAUCUCCUGGCAGACUGCUGCCAUUAUAGUCCUCUUUUAGAGGUGAGGUACGCUACACUAUGCAAAGUUGUUAUGGUACUUAGAGGGACAAUUCAAAGACUUACUCUGUCGUAUUAUUGUCUUCUUAUGGACAAACUACAAAGGUUGCACUGUGCAAUAGUGAAUGGAGAUUAAGCACCCAGAUUUUCAGCCUCAUUGUGACUAGGUAUUUUAGAUACUUUCUCUUAUCUCCUAUGUGCUAUACAAUGCCCCCCAACAAAAUAACAGUACCUGCUCUACAAAUUAUGGUGGUAUGUGUCCAGUACAUUUUGCUUUUAAUCUUCCAAAAAUACACUCAAAAAAUAAUAAUAAUGGAAAUAUUAUGUGUUUGGACUUACAAAACUAUGGAUGGAAAUAAUGGCAAUUAUGAUACUUCCAUCUUGGCAAGUUGUCCACUUGAUUGUGGGAUUUUUUGUAAAUUUAAAUAAAAUUCUAAAUUAAAAUUCUCUUAAAAUAUAUAUAUAUAUAUAUAUAUAUAUAUAUAUAUAUAUAAAAAAAAAAAAAAAAGUCAGAAGAAGCCAUAACAUUAUUUAUAGAUAUAAAUAUAAAGAGCAAUGAUGACUGUAAUAUCACACUUUAUAUAGUUGUAUACAGUUAAUUCCAUUCAUUAACUCCUGGUGUGUGUGUUUUUUAUUUUAUUUUUAAAGAAAUAUUUGUUGUUGUUGUUAAUACAGAUUGGCAAACUAAUUUGGGGAUUUUUCUACAUGCACAAAACGCCGAAUAGUGAUUACAACACAAACCAACCAUUGGAUGCACAAUUUUGAUCUGUUGUGGAGCCGACCAUCUUUGAGCAUGCACAAGUGUAUGAAACUGUUGAUUUGUCCAGCUAUUCUUUGAUACUUUGCCCCUUCCUUCAUGUGAGAUCAGGCAGAAGGUUUUUGGGGUCAAGAUGAAGCCAUGCUGGUGUUUAGGAUGGUGCAUUCUGGUUACACUGCACGUUAUCGUUCUACUUUUGCCGCAAUUGCCACAUGCUGAACGUGUGACAUCUGGAUCUCCGCGUGAAGACACUGGAAAACACCACGGUAAGAAGCGUUUUUGUAUAUUCACUUUUGUUUGUAACAAGUUAAUACUGUGUAAGGAGCAUGUACUGAAACCAGUCCUCACUGACCAGAGAUAUUCAGAUAUUUAAUCAUGGGCAAUAGAUUCUGUGUAACAAGUGGUGAAAUCAUAACAUCAAAUAAAAUACAACAUUUUGAAGAGGGUUCUGUAUGGAUCAAUUGCUGCUUAUGGUAGUGUUAGAUCCACUGCUUCUUAAUGAGUGACUGGGAGAAGCUUGAUUUAGGUCUUUCAAAAUGUGUUCUCAUGGAAACCCGUUUAUUCAUUAUGAACGGAGAGGUUGAUGGUGGGUUAUUAAAGGUAACAACAUGUGAGAGAGGUAGGUUCAAUUUUUUAUUUAUAUACCUGAUCCCAGCACUAAUGUCUCUCUGUGCUGGGUUUUGUCUCCGUCUCCUCUGACGUCCUGUGAUGAGCUGGUGCUAAGGUGCGGCAAAUACCACGCUCGCAUCAAGCCUCCCCGUAGGAAAGCAUUGAACCAAUGCUUUCUUAUGGGGAGAAAUCUGAUGCUGGAUGUCCUCAUGCAGAGCGUAAGGACGUUCAGCGUCCAUUACUGGAUCAAAGGUCUGUUGACAGCCACUAGGGGCAGACUUAGUGCUGCAAUGUAAGCAUUACAAUUUCUCUGGAACUGCACUGUUUAACAUUGCAGCACUAAGUGCAAUAGGGACACUGCAUCCAGACAACUUCAAUAAGCUGAAUUAGUCUGGGUGCCUAUAAUGUCCCUUUUAGACACUAAGCAGGUGCCAAGGAUAAGUGAGAAUCCAAAUUAAGGUCUUAUGAGACGAUCCAGAAAGACCAAACGAUUAUUCCUUAAAAAAAAAAAAGCCAGAGUCCAUUAAAAGAUAGGGAACACAGAGUCCAAGUCAGCAGGCAAAUUGAGAAAAAGCUUAGAACAGGGGCAGGCACCCUUUGGCAUUCCAAAUGUUGUGGACUACAUCUGCCAUAAUGUAUUUACAACCAUAUUGCUGACAAGGCAUCAGGGAAUGUAGUGCAUAAGCUCUGGAGUUCUGAAGGUUGCCUACCCCUGCCUUAGACCUGGGCUCGACUAAUCUAAGGUCACCAUGGUGACUAGGAUUUUCUUGCUGGUGCCUGGGAAUUUGUCAGCCUAUUUAACGGAGACAGUGCAGAUGGUCGGUUGAGAAUGCAGGUGGUCAGUUGAUGAAGAGUGGAGGAGGCCAGCUGUGGGAGAGCAGAGAAGGGCGUGGGGCCUGGCCGUGCUGAACGCAUGCAGUGAGGGAACUGUAAUUCUCCCUCGUGCAACCUGCAGUGAUGCUGGGAGUCGGAAUAUGACAUCACUCCGGCACUGGCAUCCCUAAACAACGCAAAGAGUGAACAGAGCAGGAAGAUGAAAGCAGCCCUGCUCGUUCCCAGGGAGAGCAGAAUUACUCCAGUUCAUUUGAGUGUUUUAGAAUCAGUGAGUGUGUCUGUCUGCCUGCGAGUUUGUCACUCUGUCAGUGAGUGUCUGUUUAGGUGACCGGUCCCCCUCUGAUUGCAUGUUAAAGGAUAUUAUCCUUUUUUAAAAUAAUUUUUUUUUUUUUUUUUCAAUGCUGUGCCGGUCUUGCCGUGGCUGGCGCCACCUCUAUAGCUGAGAUAAUCAAUCUUGAUGAUCUCAGCCACGCCAAUGCUUCCCUGAGGUUAUUGUGCAUGCACUAAUCAGCAUUUUCUCAUAGAGAUGCAUUGAAUCAAUGCAUCUCUAUGGGGAACCAUUUAGCGCCUCCAUGCAGAGCAUGGAGAUGCUGGACAUAGUCUAAGAAUCGCCUCUACUGGUGUUACUGGGCAGUAAUGUAAACACUGCCUUUUCUCUGAAAGAUACAUGAAGGGUAAAGCACACAAAGUUCUGACAAGAAUGGUGCUGGAACAAAAGUGAGGUAAUUGUAUCUCAAAAACCUACAUUGAAUACAUUAUGUAUCUCUGUGAUUUAGGAUGUAUUCAAUGUGUAUGGGGAAAAUUCAAGAUAAGUAAUUUUUCCCAUUGCAGGUUUAUUCUAAACUCUCCCUCCUUUCCUUGUUGUCCUUUUCUGUUCCUGACUUCAUCUGCCAGGUGCUGUCAUCAUUACUGUCAUUUUGCAAAUGUGAAAGAAUACUAAAUGGUAUUUGUGGUGGUUCCCACAAGACCACAGGGUCUUCAAUAGAUAAUCUUUCACCUGUGCAGUGAUAUAAUCAUGUUUUGCGCAUUGUGCAAGACAGAGCUGGUGGAAAUGGCUCGGAAAACUGUUUGCCAAAGAUAGUUGAGAAAAAGUUCCUACUUUGUCUUAUGAAUAUCUUUUGGCUGAGUUGAAGUUUCAGAGAAAUUACAAUGCAAUUUAUGUUUAUGAAAAGCUUGGUAGAGAGAGAGAGAGAGAGAGAGAGAGCAGCUUUUUUUUGCUAGAAGGUGUAGUGAGUGUGUAAUGUGAUGCUGGGCUCUCACCGCAGCAGCCUCGGGCUGUUAUAAUUAAUUGGAAAAGGAAUCACAGUGCAAGUCCUGGGGAGACCAAUCUCAGAAGCCCCACUCCCUGUAGAGGCACUUCACAACAGCUAGCAUGGACUCUGCUCUUUACCACUUGGCAAUGUAAACUCCUUCACCAGGGCUCAGUUUCCUCUUGCAUAGUGCAAGAACGCAAGUGGAAUUUGUGAGCCGGGCGAGUUAUGAAAAUGUUAACAUUUCAGAAAAUAAGGCCCAGCUUGGCAGAGUUGUGUUAUUUAUUUAUUUUUCUUAAUGCUGUUUUCCGAUAUUCAGGGUUCUUGUGAUCUACUAUUUUUGAUUUGGUUAACCCAAAAUUAGUCCCCUAGCUCCUGCCAGCACUACCUCCCUCAGUCCUCAUCUGGCUACUGUACAUUGCAGAGUUUGCCUCGGCUUUGCCUUAGGACGUUCCAUGACUUGCAGUGGGCAGUUCAGUGACUGGCUGAGCAUGUCAGCUGAUGUCAGCCAAUCCCCAGCCGCCCAGGUAAACCUUCUACUGUACGGCAGACCGACAGUGAGGCAGUGCUUGAGGGCACUGAGAUACCAUCUUUGGGAUUAGACCAUUCAAAAUUGGUUUAAACCUGAAGGUAAGAUGGCACCCAGUAUUGUAAGUCUCCAUAACAACUUCAUUGAGAUACUAUCUAGCAUAAUGUGGAACAAAUUAUUAAUAAUAAUAUUUUAUUUAUAUAGUGCCAUCACAUUCCGUAGCGCUGUACAAUGGGUGGACUAACAGACAUGUAAUUUUAACCAGACAACAGCGAGGUGGAGGGUCCUGCUCAAUGAGCUUACAUUCUAGAGGGAGUGGGGUAUAGUGACAAAAAGGGUAAAAGUAGGGAUAUGAAGUAGGUUGUUAGAAAAGUAUUCAUUGAGAGCUUAGUAGAUAAUAUUUGACAGUUGCAGGAGAGGAGUCAAGGGGGAUGGGGAUUAAAAACCUGCUAACAGUUUAAUUUAUAUGCUUUCUUGAAGUGAAUUUUCAAUGAUUUAUUUUUUUGAAUGAGUGGAGACUGGGUGAAAUUCUUACGGAGAAGGGAAGGGAGUUUCACAGAAGAGGUGCAGCCCGUGAGAAAUCUUGGAGGCGAGCAUAAGAGGUGGGCGGACGGACAGAGGAUAUACGUAGGUCUUUGGCAGACCGUAGGAGCCUUGAUGGGACAUACUUGGGUAUUAGGGAGGAUAGGUAGGUUGGAGCAGCAUUAUGUAGGGACUUGUAAGCAAGCACCAGAAUUUUAAAUUGAGUCCUAUAUCUAACUGGAAGCCAAUGCAGGGACUGAGAGAACGGGGAGGCGUGGGAGGUGCGAGCAGACAGGAAAAUGAGCCUUGCCGCCUCAUUCAUUAUAGACUGCAGCGGUACAAUCUGGGAACACGUAAGACCACUGAGCAGGGUAUUGCAGUAGUCAAGGCGAGAGAGAACAAGAGCAUGGACCAGCACCUUAGCUGCAUCCAGGGUUAAAUAGGGGCGAAUGCGCGCUAUGUUUUUGAGAUGGAAGCGACAGGAUUUUGCGAUCGAUUGGACAUGAGGGGUGAAGGAGAGAUUGGAGUAAAAAAGAACACCUAGGCAACGAGCCUUCGAGGUAGAGGUGAUGGUAGUGCCAUUGACUUGGAGGGAGACAGACACUGGAGUAGUAACACUUGAGGUAGGAAAGACCAGAAGUUCUGUUUUGGACAGGUUGAGUUUAAGCAAGUGAGCAGCCAUCCAGUUGGAAAUCGUAGAGAGACACGAGACAAGAUGGGUGGAGAGAGAUCAGCAGAGGACAGAUAGAUUUGCGUGUCAUCCGCAUAGAAAUGAUAACGGAAGUCAUAGGAGCUGAUUAGUUUACCAAGAGAAGAGUAGGGGACCAAGGACAGAACCUUGGGGGACGCCAACAGAGUGUUGUUGGGGGGAAGAGGCAGAGCCAGAGAGAGAAACACUGAAAGAGAGCUGGGAGAGGUAGGAAGAACACCAGGAGAGAGCAGUAUCCCGUAGACCAAAAUUACAGAGAAUGCGAAGAAGCUGUUGAUGAUCAACAGUGUCAAAGGCAGCAAAAAGAAUUAGGAUAGAGCAAUGGCCAUGAGAUUUAGAAGCAAUUAAAUCGUUGGAUACUUUGGUCACAGCCGUUUCGACAGAAUGACCAGCACAGUAUCCAGACUGAAGGGGGUCAAGCAGAGAGUUGGAUUCAAGAAAGUCAGUCAAUCUGGUGUACACAACUCUCUCGAGGAGGCAAAUGGCAGUAACAAGAUAGGGCGGUAGUUGGAUGGGGAGUUGGGGUCAAGGCUAGGCUUUUUCAGAAUCGGGGUUAUAGUUGCAUGUUUGAAGGGUGAGGGAAAUGUGCCAGAGGAAAGGGAGAGAUUAAAAACUUUAGAGAGAGGGAGACAAAGUGCGGACGAGAUACGAGGGAACAGGUGGUGGGGCUGGAGGAUCGGAGCCGAGCAGAAACCUCUUCUGCUGUAGCAGGUGCGAAUGAGUGUAUUAUUGUGGAGGGAGUGGGGUAGGGUGAUGUAUUGGUAGAGGAAGGAGAGAAAUUUGCGAUCUCUUCUCUGAUUGUAGAGAUCUUCUCAGUGAAGUGAGAUGCAAAGUUUGUGAUUCAGAAAGAGGGGGAAGUAAAAGGGCGAAGAAGAGCAUCAAAAGUGUGAAAUAGGUGUUUUGGUUGAUGGGACAGUGUACUUAUGAGGGUGUUUAAAGUAAUUUUACUUUUGCAGCAGAGAGAGCCAGGCUGUAGGAGCGUAGAAUAAAUUUAUAGUGGAGGAAGUCAGAUGCAAAGUGAGACUUUCUCCAGCAGCGUUCAGUAGUUUUAGAACAUUUUUGGAGAUAACGGGUCAGCUUGGUGUGCUAUGGUUGUAAUUGGGGGGCGCUUACUGCGUUUAAUUGUAGGAGGUGUCAUGAUGUCGAGUCGAGAAGAGAGUUGAGUUGUAGAGUGAGGUUGCAGAGUUAGGGCAAGUUAGAUUUGAGAUGGGUAAAAUAAAUACAUCUCAGUACUCUAGUCUCUACUGAGCUCCAAUAGCCUCUCUAUGUCUACUGGGGAAAAUAAUUACUGUGAUGUUUUUAGACAUUGACAUACAGCCUUUUUAAAGGGUCUACAUGGUUUAUUAAAGGAGCUAUAGAGAAUAUGUUUGCGUUGAGUUGUAUACACAAUACUGACUUUUUGAGAGGAGGAAGUUCCUAUAUAGAGUUCUAUACACAAUGCUGAUAGGUAGAACAGCUAUAGUUUUUUUCUAAGUGUCCGCUUCAGCAUGGGACCAAACGUAUAUAAAAAAAAAAAAAAGUUUUAUUCAUCCUACGUCUGUGCUAUGCUGCAACCCUAGAAUUUCUUCCUUCUUCAAAUAUACGAAUAGCACUGAGCUAUUAUUCUCGUAGGUAGUAAUGCAGGUGUUUGCACACCUCCAUGAGGGAUUUAGUGUGAUAUUUCUUGCUGCAGGGGCUGGUUACUAUCAUCUCCUGGGGGAAGACUUUACUACGGACUGGUCACACCCUGUCUUUCACAUGGCUAUUAAUAUAAAUGUGACUCUUACUGUCUGUGUAUUCCAAAUCAUACUAUCACUGUGUGUAUAUAAAUGUCUAAAACAUAAUGCCUGUCUUUACUCAUUUGCAUAUCAAACUGGGAACUUUUGGGAUAGUUGUGGAAACCUGAUUCUGCAGGUUUCUGUGCACAAGGAGAACUUUUCAAAGUCGAACAUGAGAUACGCAGGUGAUCCAUAACAAUUUUAUAUUAUAUUUCUUUGUUGUUUACAUUUCUCCUCCACAAUCUGCUCUGAACUUAUAUAAUAAUUUCACUGGGAAGUAGAAACUCACCCCUGGUGACUGUCAUGGACUCUAAGGGCUUGCUGUGGUGAAUAACUUUUCAUUUCUGGCUAGUAGUGUAGGACUUGGUGUGUGUGUGUCUAAAUUGUUCCAUGGAUUAAUUUGGCUUGGCUUGGCUUGUAUUGGUUUGCAUUGCAAUGUAAGGUAAGUAUUUAAUUAUGUCUAUGAGAGUAGGUAAGGACAAAAUUAAGUAAAUUUGUUUCUGUGUGAUUCAUGCACGCUUAUUCUGUUCACAUACUACAUACUAUGAUGUUUGUCACAUGCUCUUUGGCUCACACUUACAUCAUAUGGUGGGUGGCUGAUUGUAUUUUGUACAAGUAACAACUGGGAGCGGUUUCCAUGGUGAGUGUUUUACAGUGUAAUUUACAUUUCCUACCUCAAUUCGAUGACUUCUAUGACUACAAUAAUUGGAACAUUAAAGUUACAUCCAAAUGUUGAUGUAUCUAUCAUUGCGGAAUAUUUUAACCCAGUAUAAAUAAAGCAUAUUACAAAAAUUGAUUCAUAAAAAAAAUACAGUAGGCUCUGAGAGUCCGUUCUGCAGAUUUAAUAACAGAUUAAUUUCACAGCUGGCCUGUGUUGAGAGCCAGUGCAUUUCGCAGCUGAUCAUGUUAUGAGAUACCAGUGUGUGAUUUUAAAGCGAUACAGUAAUACUUAAUUGCAAUGAAUAGGUAUUAUGUGAAAAACAAACUUAAUAGAACACGACACGUCCCAUAAUAAAUAUAGAAAUGAAGUUAAGACAGGGGUCCCCUGGUGCCUCCUUACCUUUUAGGGGUUAAACUGUUCAUGAACUGUUUAACACCUAAGUUGGCUCUCCAGCACUGUUCCUUCAUGAAGCCGUCCACAUCCUCUUUCUCUAAACAGUGGCUCCCCAUUCAUAAAACAGGUACAUACCCUUUUUUUAUUUUUAUUUUUUUGAAUAGAGAGCUACUGAUUGGCUUAGAGCACCGGUGGCAGAGCAAACAUUUACAAUAUAAAAACAGAGAACAUUGGAGAAGAAGCAGUUAUAAUUAAUAUACUAUAUUAAUACAUGAACUUUAUAAUACAAAUAACAUUUGUAUUUUUCAACUCUGUAAAUCUGUAAUAUUGUAAACUCAUAGAGGAAGUUCAUCUUAAUGUUCUUUUAACCCUUUAAGGACCAUACUUCUGGAAUAAAAGGGAAUCAUGACAUGCCACACAUGUCAUGUGUCCUUAAGGGGUUAAAGGACCAUUAUAGUCACCCAGACCACUUCAGCUCAAUGACGUGGUCUGGGUACCAGGUCCCCUUGGUUUUAACCCUUCACAUGUAAACAUAGCAGUUUCAGAGAAAUUGCUAUGUUCUCAUCGAGGGUUAAUCCAGCCUCUAGUGGCUGUCUACCUGACAGCCACUAGAGGCCGCUUCCGCGAUUCUCACUGUGAAAAUCACAUGGAGAGGACACAGACGUCCAUAGGAAAGCAUUGAGUAAUGCUUUCCUAUGGACGGUUUGAAUGCGCGCGUGGCUCUUGCCGCGCAUGCGCAUUUGGCGCGGACAUCGGCAGGGGGAGGAGAGGUCACCAGUGCCAAGGGAGCCCGGCGAUGGAUUAAGGUAAGUGGCUGUAGGGGUUUUAACCCCUCGGGUCAAGAGGGUGGGGGGACCUAAUAACCCUAUAGUGCCAGGAAAACGAGUUUGUUUUCUUGACACUAUAGUGCUCCUUUAAGAUUUCAGGUCUUAACUGAAGCCUCUGAUGUCCACAUACUUGUCAUAAAAUCUAUAUGCUAUUCUGCAUUUCCUAGUUUUGAAAAACAUAGAAAAUAAUUAAAUGGACACUUUAGACCCUAACUGCUUUCUCAUUGACGUUUUUAAGGUGCCUUGAGUCCUACUUUACGGUUUAUGAUCAGUUUACCUCUGAGUUAGGUUCCUCAAGCUUAGCUUAAUGAGUGCCAUCUAAAGCUUCAUACUUGAGCUUCUAGCACCCUGAGCUACCUCACUCCUGACAAUACAACUGCUUUUGCUAUGGUGCUUGGAGUGUUCCAUUAAAAACACAAUUCAUUUCGGCUUUGAAAAGUUUAAAAUCAGUUAAAGGUACCUGUCAUGACAAACACAACUAACUUCAUCUUAAUUUCAUCUAUAUAUUGUUACUCUUGCAGAAUUACUAGCAGGUGUCUAGAUUUCUCUAAAAUCAGAGAUUGAAAAGUAGCCAUUUUCCCCCUUUUGUAAGUUAAUUCAGGCGGUGCCAAUCGGCCCAGAGAUACGAAGGAGGUGCUCUCCAUGUCUGUUAUCAGGGAAAUUCUCUUGUUUGGAUCAUCAUGCUUGCAUUCAUCUGAAGUGAAUGCAAUGCCUGCAAGUGGAAGGAGGGGCAGGCUCUGUGUGAGAGCAGCAGCAGCAGCACGGUGAGAGAGACACAGAAUGAUUUAUUGCAGGAUAUUUGUCCAGUUGAUCUAAGAAUGGAGAGUGAAAGAAAACAGAUACUUUUAAACUUGUUCUGGAGAAGCAAAUCUGUGCUUCCUAUACAAGGGUACAAAGGAGGUGUGUCUUACAGCAAAGGUAACACCUACUGAAAACAUGAUUGAUUGCUCUCCACAAUUAAGUUAAAAUAUGGGCUUUUAAUGCUAUUAAGGGAAGAAACACUUAAUUGUAUUAUGAGUCAAGCCAAACAUCUAUCAUGACAUGUAUACUUUAAACUCACCUUGAUAUCGCCAGGAGAGUCUGCUUUCUGCAGCUACCACCUGCCUCUGAUUAGUAUUGGGACAAACCAUGCAUGCGCAAAGCAUUCUGAAUGUCAUAUCCUGAUUCUACAGUCCUGAUUCUACAGAAGGAAGGUGUCCGAGAACAUGGUGAAUAAUGAGACCUUGUCAGGUUGACUGGUAUAGAAGCACAUGUGUUUUAUACUCCCCUGUAAAUUGUACCUAGUAACUGAUUCAGUACUUUUUGCUGAGGUGAGUAAGAUUAUAAUGGGGACCAAAAUGCUAGUGAAAGUUUAUUUUCAAAUAAAACCCAUCCUCUCUAUGUUAUACAUUAUUCCUGUUUUGUGCAGACAUUGCUUAUAUUCUAAAAGGGGAAAAAAAGCUUGUUCUUGUUAUUUGUGUUAUUUUUAAAUUUAUUUUAAAUGCGUUGUUUGCAUAUUCUUUAUUUUAUGUGAUGGUAUUUGAUACAGAUUAAGUCCAUCACCUGUGAGGAAUCAUGGACUUUCCUGCAUAUCCAAUCUUGCUGCAUUUGUGUUUUGUUUUUGUUGUUUUUUUGUGUUAAACCAUGUUGUUUUGGAUGUUGUAAAAUCCCCGGUAACUAAAAAGGAAAAUAGGAGGAACAUGACGUGAAUACGUGAAUUUGUUUACUUGGCUUAUUUUUAAUCUCGCUCCUUCACGCAUUGGAUUAGAAAAUAGGGGUCAGUUCUGGUCUGACGUUUUUCAGGGAUAUCAGGACUGUCCAUUUUUGUAGUGUAUUGAAAUUAACAUAAUUCUCUACCAACCGUUAAUGUGUUUAGAGACUGUGGAUAAUCAUAGUGUCUGAAAGAAUCCUGUCUGGCCAGUUGAUGGAUUGCGUCUAAUGGACAUACCUUAUUUAUUUGUAUAUCUUGUUUGACGACCUAAGGAGUCUAGAAAUGUUACUUUUUUUUUUUUUUAAUGAGCAGAACUCUGAAUGCUCACUUGCUCCCCCACUAUUUUCUCAGCAGUUAGAGCUGGCAGAUUGGUCAGAAAACAAAAUGUGCAUUAAAAUAUUUGCAAUCUGCUCCUUGUUGUUUGUGCUAUGCUCAAUGCGGCCUCUGAACGUGGGGGAGGGAGAAUAUCUGCUCAGAUAGAUAAGGCAAGGAUUGCAGUUCCCCUUGCUGUUCACUCUUCUUAUCACAUGCAGAAAUAAGCUGGCAACCAAACAGAGGAAAAAUGGUUAUUUUACAGAAUUUCUGCCCAUAUGGUAUAAUUCCUGCUCGUAUUAACCAACAAGAUGGACACUGAGGAGGGAAAUAGUGUUGGAUCACUUUAAAGACUAUUAUGGAAAUACUGAUAGGAUAAGGUAUAUAUUUACUAAACUUAAUGGUAAUUCUGUAAAAACAAGUUACCUUGUUGUAUCAAAGAUUAUUUUUCGUAAGGGAGUUUCACAGCUAAACAUUACCAUUCAUUACUAUUACAGGAUGGGGAAACCAUUCGCAGUGCAUUUUUCAAUGCAGCUUCUUGGUUAGUAAGUUAUCACAGCCAUGUUCAACUAAAAAUUCCUUCCUCCCAGAAUGUUAAAAACAUUCUUAUUUUCUAAUACCAUUGUUUCUCUAAGUAUGUGGAACUUUUGUAUGUUUGUAAUUCUUGUUAGUGCUGCUUUAAAUAAGUGACUUCCAUUUUGUCUUUUUUCCCAAUUGUACAGCGCUGCGGAAUUUGUUGACGCUUUAUAAAUGCCAGUAAUAAAUAAAUAAAUACCUGUCUCCCCCACCCCCAUGACAAACGUCAAAAACAUCAUUAGAAUUUCAACUUAAUUCAUUACAAUCACAAGAUAUACGUUAAACAAAGCACUACUUUCCCUCACGUAGGAUCUCUGGCAUGUAGAGGAGUUCACCAGUGAUGUGAGCACCUGGAAUAUGAAGCCUCGGGAUAUGUUUGGUCUGAGGAAAACCAUACCUCCCCAUCUUUCUCUAGCUCAAUCAUCCCAAAACAAAUUUAUUAUUAUUAUUAUUGCAAUUUAUAUAGCGUUAACAGAUUCCAUAGCACUUUACAAUAUUAUGAGAGGGGGGGAAUUUUACUAUAAAUAGGACAAUUAUAAGAAAACUUACAGGAACGAUAUGUUGAAGAGGACCCUGCUAAAACGAGCUUACAGUCUAUAGAAGGUGGGGUAUAAAAGACAUUACAAUAGGAAAUAGCAAUCGGAGUGGAGAGAGUAAAGUGCUGUCCUUCAGGAGAGCGCAAGAGAGAGAGAUGUGAGGUAGCGGUUACUCUCGGAGACCAUAAGCGAUGGGUUUUAAGCCACUUUUUAAACCAUUGAAGACUAGGGGAGAAUCUGAUGGCGAUAGGGAGGCUAUUCCAUAAAAGAGAGCCGCCCGCGAGAAGUCCUGCAAGCAUAUGUUGGCCAUACGGUAGGAGCAGCGGACAGGAGAAAAUCACGGGCAGAGCGGAGUGACCGAGAAGGGCCAUAGAAUUGGUCAAUGCGUUAUAGGUAUGGGUCAGCACUUUGAAUUGACACCUAUAGGAUACAGGAAGCCAAUGUAAGGACUGACAGAGGUGGGAGAGGACCAACUAGGGAAGAAAAUCAGUCUGGCGGCAGCAUUCAUAUCAGACUGUAGCAGGGCAAUACGGCUUUUGGGAAGACCAAUUAGGAGAGGGUUACAAUAAUCCAUGAGGGAAAUUACUAGCACAUGGACAAGCUAUAUAUUUGCUUGUGAUUGGACCAUUUCAGUGGCUGAGUGCAUGUGUGCCCUCUAAACUGGUGAGGAAGCAAAUUUAUUUAUAAACAAACGUAACCAGCAUGAGAGAGUCAAAGGGAGCACACAAAAGGAGGUAGGAGUGAGCAAAUUGCGAUUAAAAAAAAUAAAAUGAUAUAUAUUGUUUCUUUUCUUUUACUAAAAUACAUUGUGCAUUCAUCUUUCUGUGUUCCAGGGAGCCUGGACUCCAUGUUGUCAGACUAUGAUGUCAUAUCAAUGUCUGGCAUCCAGCAGCACUCGCUGCGAAAGCGGGACUUGGAACCAGAAUCACACGUAGAGCGCAUGCUGAGCUUCUCUGCUCUGCACAGGUAACUGACUCUCUAUUUUAAUACUACUUUUUAUUGUGGCCUUACAACCUCUGAAAAUGUUAUGUCAAUAAUGCACGAAAAUAAGUGUAAUGUUUAGAAUUAAAAAAAAAAAAGUCAAUUUUCUGUAAUGGGGGUACUUUAACAAGUAAAAAGGAGAGCACUCCUACGGGGGAAAUCGAAGAUGGGGAGCACUCAUAAAGAGGAAAAGUACCAAAAGAAGGGAAGAGUGCAUAAAGAGACAUCUCUUUUUUUGAUAGAACAAAGAGACGUGUACAUAUGGGAAAUAAAACAAAGUUGGGAAAUGUGCACAAAGAGGUGAUAGAACAAAGAGGAACAUUCAUAAAGAGGAACUAAAAGGAAGGGACGGGUGCAUAAAGGGAAAAUAGAGAAAAGAAGAAUAGUGUGCGUGUAAUGAGGAACUAGAACAAAUAAGAGUGUAUCAUGUGGAGUAUUAGAGACAAAGGAAAUGGUAGGAGAAGAGACAGUGUAGGAUGCAUGCAGAGCGAAGAAGAGAAAAAUAAAGGAUAGAAACUAAAGGACAUGGGGGGGUCUAGUUUAAAUAGGAGAGGAACAGAAAAAAAGGUCUAAAUAAAAGAACAGGAGAAAUAAUAAGUGGCGUACAUACAAAGAAGGUGAGGAGAGAGAGAGAUGAUGGGAUACACCUACAGGAUAGCAUUCCUAGUAAGGAUUCUAGAAGCAAUAUGACAUCAAUGACUGAGAGUGGCAAAAAAGGAGAGAUCGGACAUAAAGUGAUGAUUCGGAGUACCUACCAGUGAGAGUGGCAGUACUGCUUGUGUUCUCACACUUGUAUUUUAUGAGUUGAUACCCUGUUAUUCUCAGAAUGUGUACGUGGCAUAAUCCCUUCAGUUUACUAUUAAAAUAUGGUCUAUACAGCUUUAUCAAAAUCUGUAGACAAAAUACAUAGAAUCUCCUCUUUGUUUGAUUUAGUAGGAUGUGCAUCUUGGGGGGGAGGGGCACAGUAGCUUCUUUUCACCUCACCUGCACUGGAAGCUGAUUUUUCUACAUUUCGAUUUAAUUAUUAUUUUUUCUCCAGGCAUUUUAAACUGUAUUUGACAUCAAGCGCAGACCAUUUAUCACAAAACCUGAAAGCCAUCGUGUUGGACGGGGACAGCAAGGAGACAGAGUACCAAGUCAAGAAAUCUGACUUCUUCACAGGGCAUGUUGUGGGUUAGUAUCCAUAUCAUACCGCUCUACUCUCUCUAUGUUGGGCACAGACCCCUCUGUCCCUCUUUACUUUCCUCUGUUCUAGGAGCUCCGUAUUGUUUGUGUGUCCGUGUAUAACAGGAGCAAUAACACUCACAGUAAUGUCUUUAAAGUACACUAGACAUGUUUAGAAACCUGUCUGUCUGUGCAAAUAUGAUGCAUUGUUCUUGUUCUAAAUUACAUUUAGCUGCAGAACUUUCAUUGUCUGAGGGUGUCCACGGAUGAACGUCAACCAAUGAAUGUCCCUCUCUGCAAAGAAUAUGCAAAGAUUUGAGAUUAGCCAGCCUGGAACUGAGUCAUGACAUACAAGUGUCUCUGCCAGAGAUGGCGUUACACCUCUGGCAGCAGUAUAAAAUAUGUCCGUAUGUGCGGGGUUUUAUAUUGAAAAGCUCUAAAUACAGACUCCAAGUUUCAUGAACUUACCUGUGCCUGGUGCUCGAGCUGCUCCCCUCCUCGGGCCAUGUGGGCAGAACGCACUGCGUGGCUGCAUUACCUCAGGCUGCGUGGCCCGAAUGCUCCACGUGGCGACGCGGCCUGAAUAGAUAUUGCUUACCUUUGGUCCUGCGAAUGGCUCCCUCUGCUGGUUCGCGGGACAAACUGCAGCCACUAUAACUAAAAUAUUAAGCCAUGACCACAUCAUCUUGGCAACCUAAUGACCACAAGGGACCACAUCAUCUAGGCAACCUAAUGACCACAAUGGACCAUAUCAUCUAGGCAACCUAAUGACCACAAGGAACCACAUCAUCUAGGCAACCUAAAGGGGUUGCAGAGAUAACGUGGACCAAUGGGAAUUCUUUUGAGUCUAUUUAGGGCUUGUUUUAGCCUCCAUUCGUUGCCCUAUCAAGGUUUCUUGUUAGAUCCUCGUUUAGUGCUCCUAGAGAUUCCAUUGUGAUUUCCUGUGUUUGAUCUCGGCUUCAUAUUUGACUUGUAAUUUCUGGUAUCCUGGCUUCUUUUGACUUUUGAUUUCUGGUAUCCUGGCUUCGUAUUUGACUUUUGAUUUCUGGUAUCCUGGCUUCGUAUUUGACUUGUGAUUUCUGGUAUCCUGGCUUCGUAUUUGACUUGUGAUUUCUGGUAUCCUGGCUUCAUAUUUGACUUGUGAUUUCUGGUAUCCUGACCCGGCUUUGUCUUGCCCUCGUGUAUUUCUGUAUGCCUGACCUUGAUUUUUUUUUUUUUAAUGAUUCUCGCUAAUUUAAUACGUUAAGUAUGGCUAUUCUAAGGUUCGGUAAUACGUCUUUCGGAUCCACCUUUUGUGGGUUUCCUAUUUUCUGCGUGUUGGGGUACAACUCCCUUGACACUCCAAGCACCAUUACUACUUCAAAUAAUUAAAGUAGUCAUGAUACUUGAGAGUAACCCUUUAAGGAAAGCUGUUCAAUGUGAGUACAUAGAUUUGCAGAAUGGCAAUGGGAUUGAGGUUUUCUGAACUUGCUGUGAAAAGGUGCAUGUUAUAUCUGCAGACCCGUUCAGUUAACUUGGAUUAUUAUGUUGUUAUUUAUAUAGUGCCAACAAAUUCUGCAGCGCUUUACAGUGAGUGGACAAACAAACAUGUAGUUGUAACCAAACCAGUUGGACACACAGGAACAUAGGGGUUGCUUAAUGAGCUUACAUGCUAGAGGGAGUGGGGUAAAGUGACACAAAAGGUAAGGAUAUUAUUAGACUAAUGACAGUUGUAAAAGGGGAAUCAGUCAGGAGCUACUAACAGUUUAAUUGAUACACUUUUAUGAAGAAGUGGGUUUUCAACGAUUUUUUUGAAGGAGUGGAGACUGGGUGAGCACCUAACGGAGGAGGGAAGCGAGUUCCACAGGAAUGGUGCUGCCCUCGAGAAAUCUUGAAGGCGAGCAUCAGAUGUCGGAGUACGGACAGAAGAUAGACGUAAGUCUUCAGCAGAGCGUAAAGGCCUAGACGGGACAUACUUGUAUAUUAGGGAGGAUAGAUAGGUGGGAGCAGCAUUAUGUAGAGAUUUGAAAGAAAGAACCAGAUUUUUACAGGAAGCCAAUGUAGGGACUGAAGGGUGAGGCGUGGGAGGUGCGGGCGAACAGGCAGAUGAGCCUCACCGCUGCAUUCAUUAUGGACCGAAAUGGCGCAAGUUGGGAGCAUAUAAGACCACUGAGAAGCAGAUUAAGUAGUCAAGGCGAGAAAGGACAGUGGAAUGGACUAGCAACUUAGUCGCAUCUGGCGUUAAGUAGGGGCGGAUGCGUGUAAUGUUUUUGAGAUGGAAGCGGCAGGAUAUGGCGAUAGACUGAACAUGAGGCGUGAAGGAGAGGUCGGAGUCAAAGAGAACAUCUGGGCAGCCAUCCAGUUAGAAAUAGCAGAGAGGCAGUCAGAGACACUAGUCAAGAGAUCAGGAGAGUACAGAUAGAUUUGCGUGUCAUCCGCAUAGAAAUGAUAUUGGAAGCCAAAGGGGAGGCAGUAUAGAUAGUCAUAUCUUGUAGACCGAUCUUGCGGAGGAUGAGAAGAAGCUGUUGAUGAUCAACAGUGUCAAAAGCCGCAGAAAGGUCAAGGAGAAUUAGUAUAGAGUAGUGACCACGAGAUUUUGCAGCGAGUAGAUCAUUGGAUACUUUGGUCAGUGCCGUUUCCACAGAGUGCCCAGCACGGAAACCAGACUGAAGUGGGUCUAGCAGAGAGUUGGACUCGAGGAAGUCUGUCAAUCUCUCAUACACAAAUCUUUCAAGGAUCUUGGACGCAAAAGGCAGUAGCGAGAUAGGACUGUAGUUGGAUGGGGAGUUAGGGUCAAGGUUGGGCUUCUUCAGAAUUGGGGUUAUAGUUGCAUGUUUAAAGGGCGAUGGAAAUAUGCCAGAGGAGAGAGGGAGAUUGAGAAUUUUAGUGAGAGGUAGAGAAAGAGAACAAGACAGAGUACGGAUGAGAUGCGAGGGAAUUGGAUCUAGGGAGCGGGUGGUGGGGCGGGAGGACUUCUUGACUCCAUAAUGACAAUCAGAUUUGUCAUUGGAUCAUUAUUCUGUCUACAUACAUAUCAAUUAUAUCCUUUAAUAUUCUCCUUAUGCAUUAAGGCACCCAAGCCUUUUUUUAUAUUUAUCUAUAGAAUCUGAUUACACAGCCUCUUACUGUUAAGAACCCUUUCCUCUGCUGUAAGUAAAAACGCCUUUCUUUCAGUCUCAAUUGGUGACCUCUUGUCUGCUGUAUAUUUCUAAUGAACAGGUUAGCACAUAGUGGUUUGUACGGACCUUGUAUAUAUUUGUAUAGUGCCAUCACAUUCCCUCUGAGGAUGUCUUUUUUCUAAAGAAGAAAAUUUCAGGUUUUUUGUUUUUUUUAAAGCAUUUCGUCAUAACUAAUGUAUUCUUUUUUUAAAUUUUUUUUAAUUUUUUUACGGGUGCCCAAAAUUUUACUGCAUAUUGAAGGUGGGAUCUUACCAUUGUAAUUGUUUCCAAGUCCUUUUCAUUUACUGUUAUCCCUAACCCUACCAAAUUUAAUGUAUAAGUGGCUUGUGGGUUCCUUAUUCCAAAAUGCAUGACUUUUCUUUUACCUGUAUUGAAUCUCAUCUACCACUUGCCUGCCUUUCCCCCAAUGCCUCCAAAUCCCUCUGUAGGGAAGCUCUAUCCUGUUCAUACUGUAUUUUCUUACAUAGUAUUGUCUUGUUGUAGAUAAUUUACUGCAAACCAAUUAGUUUGAAUGACUAUCUGUUCCUGUCCAAAUUAAAGAUAAUAAAGUUGCGUGCACGCAGAAGUAAAUUCACACUGAGACACAGAGUUCAGGUUAAUGAAAGAACUUCGGAGAAGUUUAAUGGCUUUUGACAGAAAAUGGGUGCGCAGACCCUUUUAAAGGCAUUAUUACAUCACUGAAGAAUUCAAGAUAACAGCAAAUAGACACUAUUGAUUGGUCCAGGUGUUAAGUGGUUAGUUAGAUACCCUCCUAUCAAGAGGUGAUGUCAUCCUUGACACGGGAGUGGACACAAGAUGUAGGCCAUCUUGUUAGCACGAGGUGUUCACUCGAUGGGAGGGGUGCUUUGGCAGCCAUUUUGAGUAGUUAGUAUUGUUAGCUUCAAGGUUCUUUUAGUAAAUACACAUUUUAUUAUUCAGCACAUUUCCUCCUGACAAAGCAUUAGCUUAGAUAAUUUCAAGAAUUCUAUAAUUCUACAACAGUCUCAUCUGCAAACACACGUGACUUUUUUUUUUUUUAAAUAAAUUUUUCUUUAUUUUCAAGAGUAUAAAGUCAUGGGGUACAGAAGAAAGAAGGAGGAACAUUUAAAUGUACCAUAGUGGGGUAUGGAAAUACAUUAGCACAUAGCUAUACACCAAUAUUACUUCUGCUCGUCAUAUUCGGUUGCUGGGGCAACUGUCAAUGCGGGAUUCCGGAGCACCGGAUUUGGUUCUACGGUGCCAGGUAUUUGCAGCUCAGCUCGUUUCAGCUACAAUGGUGUAUUUACUAUGGCGUGGACUUCCUAUAGGGUAGUGAACCUGGGUGGGUGGAGGGUUAGGGGGGACGGGUAGGGAGGGGGGUGGAGGGGGUGUUGUCCUGCCUAGUGAAGCUAAAUUCGAUCCUUGUGGGUACUCCUAUGGUCUUAUUGUGACAGUCCUAGUCUAUGCAGGGGUGUUCGCCCUUUGGUUAGGGGGUUAUGGGUGGGGGCGUCCCUAGGGGGCUCCUCCAAAAAUCUAUCCAGGGUUCCCAUAUUUUAAGGUAUCUGUGCCGUCUUCCUAGCACAGACCAGUGUAUCUCUUCCAUUUCUCUCGUGCAUUCAAUUCGUCGUACCCACUGCUCCCUAGACGGUACGCUGGGUCGGCGCCAAUGCGUUGGCACUAGAGCGUUGGCUUCCCCAAGCAGAAUCUGUAGGAGUUGUUGUUUGUGCGGCUCCUUAAAGGAGCGAGGCCAGCCCAGUAGGACCUGUGAUGGGGACAGACGGACUCGCAAUGCGAGAAUUUCCGCUAUGUCCUUCAGUAUGUGUUGCCAGAAUGGUUUUAUGCUCGGGCAGCUCCACCAGAUGUGUUCCAUGUCUCCUUGACCCCCAGAACAUCGCCAGCAUGUAUCGCUAAUGGUGGGCCAGAAUGUGUGGAGUGUAGCUGGUGUUCUGUACCAUCUAGUGAUUCUUUUGUAGAAGGUCUCUUUACGGGCUACACUGAUAGGGGUUUUGAUCCCUGUUUCCAUAAUGUCUGUCCAGUCUCUGUCCGUCAUAUGUAUGUGUAAGUCUCUCAUCCAUUUCUGUUGGAAUGCGAGUAGUGUGUGCUCGGUUUUAGCUGUCUGAAUGAUGUUGUAUAUUUUGGAUAAGGUUCGUUUUGAGGUACUCUGUGGGUCACAUAGGUUUUCAAAGGGAGUAGUGUCUCUUGGACGCCAGAAUGGGAUUACUGACUUAUUUAAAAAAUUCUUAAGUUGUGUUCUGUCCAUGAUAUCAAGGAGUGUGUCCUGCCUGUUCUGUCUAGAGAGGGUUUUUAAUGUGGGCGGGUCCUCGGCUGUCAGAACCUCAGUGAUGGCUGGGUUUGGCGAACCUGUCAGCCUUACCAGGGUAGAGCUCCCCUUUCCUCUCUGGAAAUCUGGGUUACCUGCUAAAGGGAAAAACUUAGAUAGUCCCGGGGAUAGACCCCAUGUGUCUUUGUGCCGUCUCCAGAUUGUGAGGAUGUUGUGAGUGAGUGGGUGGUGCGUUGGGGAGAGUUCUUUGAUUUGACAAGUUUGCCAUGGUAAUGUAUGGAGUGGAGCCUGCAUAAAGCUCUGUUCCAAUUCAUACCAUGAUUUUUUCUUACUUGUGCUUGUCCACUCCUGUAUGCGGGUAAAUAGCACUGCCACAUAGUAUUUGUAUAUGUGGGGGAGACCCAGGCCCCCUCUGCCCGUGUGGGAUGUCAGUGUGCUAUAGGCUAUUCUGGCUGGUUUGUUGCCCCAGGUAUAGGUUGUAAAUAUGGUUCGCAUUUGUUUGAAAAAGUCCUUGGGUAGGGGGAGUGGUAGCGUUUGGAACAGGUAAAGUACUCUCGGUAGGAUCAUCAUUUUCAGAAUGUUGAUCCGACCCAUUAGGGAGAAGUAGGGAAGGUCCCACUUGUGAAGGUCUUGUUUAAUGCUGCUUAGCAGGGGGGGAUAGUUGAGUUUGUAUAGGCCUGUGGGCGAAGUGGUUAGCUUGAUUCCCAGGUAGGUUAGUCCAGUUCGAGUCCAAGGGAAGGUGUGCGUGCGUCGUAUCCGUGUUUGUAGGGAGGGGGGUACAGAAAUCCCCAUGAUUUCACAUUUGUCCGCAUUUAUCUUAAAAUUAGAUAAGGACCCAAAGGUUUUAAUCUCCGUUUGGAUCUGUGGGAGGGUAUUAAUUGGGUCCGUGAUCGUGAAGAGGACGUCGUCCGCAAACGCGGAUACCUUCGUCUCUCCCCUAGGGUACUGGAGCCCCCGUAUGUUAUUGUUGUUCCUGAUAGCCGUAAGGAAAGGUUCCAUGGCUAGGACAAAUAGGAGAGGGGAAAGGGGGCAUCCUUGGCGUGUGCCAUUAUUUAUCUGAAAGGGUGUGGAUAAGUGUCCGUUUACCUUAACGGUUGCGGACGGUCCCCUGUAUAGGGUUUGUAUCCAAUUCCUUAGUCUAGGGCCGGCCCCUAUAACCUCCAGGACUGUGAAGAGAUAGGACCAAUCCACCCUGUCGAAUGCCUUUUCCGCGUCUAUUGCCAUGAGCAGUGUCGGUGUGUUCGUAACAGUUGCCCCAUGUAUGACGUUUAGGAUUUUUGUGGUAUUGUCCCUAGCUUCGCGGCCAGGCACAAAGCCGGCCUGAUCAGGGUGGAUUAGUCCCGGCAAUAAGGGUUUGAGUCGAUUGGCGAUCAUUUUCGCCAUUAGUUUUAGGUCUAGGUUUAUCAAGGAAAUGGGUCUGUAGCUCCCGCACUGUGUGGGGUCUUUGCCCGGCUUGGGAAUGAUGGUGAUCGAUGCGCGGAGCAUCGGGGGAGGUAGUGGGUUGCCCUGGGCCAGUCCGUUUAGCGAUUUAAGAAAGUGGGGGAUUAGCUCCUGUGCAAGUGUUUGGUAGUAUCUCGCCGUCAAUCCGUCCGGGCCUGGGCUCUUACCUUUUGGUAGAGUCUUAAUGGCUAGUGAUAGUUCUGCUGGAGAAAAUGGCUCAUCAAGUGUGAGUGCUGUGUCGUUGGGAAUAGUGUGUGAGAGGUUUGAGGUGAUAUAUUCUCUCAGGUUGUUAGGUCGUUGACUUGGUGUAUCUAAAUUGUAAAGGUCUUCAUAGAAGGUACUAAAUGCUGUAGCUAUGUCGUCUGUGGUAUGGCACUGUUUCCCUUUUUUGUCAGUUAUUUUGUCAAUAAAGGACCUCUGAUGCUUAGCUUUUAGGGCUCGGGCCAAUAGUUUCCCGCUUUUAUUACCCUGGGUAUAAAAGGAGCCCCUGGUCAGCUGGACCGAUCUGUGUGCUUUAAGGGCUAGUAGUGAUCGCAUUUCUAUUCGGAGGGCCGUGAGUUUCUGGAAAUUCUCGGCAGUAGGGUCCUGUUUAUGCAGGGUUUCUGCGAGGUGUAUCUCCGUAGUAAGGGAAUUAAUGUUUUGUGUGCGUUCUUUCUUAAGUCUAGAUCCCCAUUUAAUUAGGGUGCCCCUCGCAGCUCCCUUGUGCGCUUCCCAGACCCAUUGGUGUGAUACCUCUCCUGUGUCAUUGUCUGUGAAGUAGUUGCCUAUUGUCUGUCGCAGGUCAUCCAUUACUCUCGGGUCAUCUAACAGGGUCUCGUUCAAUUGCCAGUGCGUGGUGCAUUUGGGAUCUCUCUGGAGGGUGACCGAUAUGAAUACUGGGGCAUGAUCCGACCAUGUGAUGUUGCCUAUAGAUGCUUCGCUUAGUAGCGGGAGGUGUCUGUGGCUGAGGAGAAACAUGUCUAUUCUGGAGUAGGUAUUUGCUACCUGGGAGUAAUAGGAGUAGUCCCUCUCUUGAGGGUGUAGUAUACGCCAGCAAUCUAUUAGUUGAUGGGCGUGGAGCACAUUGGAUAACAUAGUCCGCUGACGGUGUCGAGAAUCUUUAGUCUUAGAUGAACUAUCUAUGGAGUGGUCUAGUACCAUGUUCCAGUCUCCCGCUACAAUUACGGCUCCCUCAGCAAAACUGUCUAAUUUAGCAAGACAAGAGCGUAUAUAGGGGACUUGGUCCGAGUUUGGAGCGUAAAUACUCGCCAGUGUUGUGAGGACUCCAUUGUAUAUCCCCUUCACAAACACAAACCUACCUCUUGGGUCAGUUUUGAUUCCGAUCUCGGUAAAGGCUGCGGUGGAUGAGAUCAGGAUCGCUACACCCCUAGAUUUCUGUUUAAUAUUAUUGCUAUAGUAGGAUAUUUGAAUGCGUUUUGAUCUAAGUUUUGGUUUGAAUUCACCUCUAUAGUGGGUUUCUUGCAGAAAGACAAUAUCAGCACCUUUCCUGUCUAUUUCCUGUGCUAGCAUCGUUCUCUUCAUGGGGGAGUUUAGUCCCCGUACAUUCAAUGACAUGAGCUUAGUUUGGGCCAUGAUGUCAGGAUGUGCGAUCUCUUGUGUUAGCUUGGGACCCUAGGAGUACGCCAGCGACUGUAGCGUAUUUUGUGAGUAUGUAGGCAGGGGUGAUGUGGGCAGGGUAAACCGGGGGGGAGUUUAAACUUUGUACAAAAUGAUAUGAGAGUAUCAUAUCAGGAGUGAGAUUGGCGGUACACUUGUGGGUAACUUACUCGUUUCCACAAGUUGUGUCGGGGCGCCUCUCUGGGGGUGGUGACCAAGGUGGCCUGACCGAGGGCCGGCGGGGAUACCUUUAGGGUAAUUGAUCAUUUGAUGCUAUGCUCCCGCUCCUCUAACUAGAGAGGGAAUGGGGGAUGUGGUGUAGGUCUAUGUUCACCCUGUGGGUCAGGUCCCUGUAGGCCCUUUUAACUCAUUUAUGACCAUGUUUCUUGUGUCUAAGGCCAGAGGGGUCUGGUGUCGGCAAAUUCUACAUUCUAUAAACGUAACAUAACAAAACAAUGGCAAUAGGAGAGUAUAACAUCGCGAUCUUGUACACAUUUUAGUGCAAUAUCAAGGCACAGAAUGUUAAAGUUAAUGCAAAGGAUAUGCUUGCGUGGUCUUGCCGAUGCUCAGGUUGCUUUGUCUCUAGGCGAGGCAUGGACAUCAGUUCCUUUUUGGGUCGGCCUAUGUCUCUUCCUCGGGGUUCUCUGCCAUUUUGGACGAUGCUGCGACUGCUUUGGUGAGAUACCUGACAAGCCGGUCCAGUCCUCCACCUCGGAGGGUGGUAAGUUCAAACCCCUCUGGAAGUCAGGGAUGUCCGCUGGCGUAGUUAUGGUAUGAGUCUUGUCCUUAUAGAUCACUGUGAGAGCGAACGGGAAGCUCCACCGAAACUUGAUUUGUCUUUCCAUUAGAGCUUGUGUGAUGGGUCGUAAGGCCCUCCUUGCCUGUAGGGUGGAUGGUGAUAGGUCUUGGAACACGGUAACUUGGUGGCCGUCGACCGCUAGGUCUUUUGUUUGGCGGGCUUUGCGGAAGAUCUCCUCUUUCAGAGGGAAGUUAUGUAUUCUGCAGAUAAUGUCACGUGGCCUGUCUGGGGGUAGGUUUCUGGGCCUCGCUGCCCUGUGUGCUCUGUCGAACUGGAUGGCUGUUUCUGGGGGUCUGGUGAGGAUGUGGUUAAAAAAGGUUGUCAGGAUCUGUAUGGGGUUCUCUGUGGUGCCGUCUGGCGCCUCAGGUAUGCCUCUUACCCUGAGGUUGUUUCGCCUACCCCGGUUGUCAACAUCUUCUAGCCUUCUUUGUAGGUGUCUGAUGGCUUCAGAGUGUGUUUCUUGUGUAAUGUGGCAUUCAGCCCACUGUCUGUCAGCAUUGUCAUUCUCUUCUUCCAAUGCCUGUACUCUGUUGCCCAAUUGCUGCACAUCUGCGCUCACUGCCUGUAGUUUUUCACUAAAGCUGUCCUCUAGCCUUUGAAACAUGGCUGCAAGGUCAUUUUUGGAGGGCAGUUGGGUUAAAAUUGCCCUGAUAUCAGAUUCCUCCGCCGAGCAUUCUGAUGCUGAUGGGCUAGAUGGUUGGCUGCCUCGUGUGUUUCCCGCGGGCGCCAUUUUGCCGCGUCUUCGCGGGUCCUGUGGUUCUGUAAAGAAUCUUCGUAGAGAUGUUCUGGCAUCUGGGGAGGUUGUCGCUGGAGUGCUCCCCGCGUUACUGCGGUUUUUCUUGGUUGCCAUGUGUGCGGUCGGGUGCCGGGUAUCCCCUAUUGCUCUCGGUCAGGGACGGAGCUCGGGAUUCAUGCGUCCAUGUUCCUCGGAGUCUUGGCCACGCCCCCACACGUGACUUUCAGUGUCCCCUUGAAGAUCUUUAUAAUCCUAUUGUAUAAUUGCUUUUUUCUCAAUAUUUCAAAGGUCUGUCGAAUGUCCAAUUUCAGAAUAACCACUUUCUUUUUAUUUCUAUUUCUUUCUUUUAUUUUUUUUGGAGUGUUGCUUUUAAUAGCAAUUUUUUUUUUUUCAAUAUAUUUUUUAUUGAAAUUUCGUCUUCAAUGAUGCAGUUCGAACCAGUAAUACAGUUGUGAGUAGUACAUCAAGGUAGUACAAAAACAAGUACAACAUUAACGUUGGGGUACGGUUAGGAGUAUGUACAGUUAGGUAACAUAGAGCGGUCUGUAUAGUCGGUUAAACAAUCAUUGCUCAUAUCGCCAGCCUAACAUCUGGUCAGCCCGUGUUCACCUGGUGGUGGGUACUGGUAUGCUUCCCUAUGCUCUAUCGUUGGUUAUACAUAUGAUUACCGGUGGUGGUUAUAGGGUGAUAGAGGAUGUUUCUGACCUUGCAGCUCCACCUUACCUAUGCCGGUUAUAUAGUUCUAUCCAUGGUGACCAUGUUGUGCUAAACCUCUGUGCCGUUUUGGCGUCAGGAGCGGCCAUUUUUUCGUAGAUGUAGAAUUGGUGUAUUUUGUCCCGCAGUUGGGUUUUGUUUGGGCAAGUUGUGGAUUUCCAAUGUAGGGCCAGUAGGCUGCGGGCUGCUAGGGUGAUAAUGGCACACAGCUGUUUGUGCGAGUUUCGGAGUGUCGGGGGGAAUCUCAGGAGUAAAUAUAUGUCGGGUGUCUUUUGGAUAUCUGGGAUGUGGAGUGCUCUGAUCGUAUUGUGUACUUCUGUCCAUAGGGGCUGGAUGUUGGGGCACUCCCACCAGACAUGUAUAAGUGUGCCCUCCUCUGCGGAGCAUCUCCAACAUAGAGGAGUCGUGUUUGGGUAUAUUUUGUGGAGUUUGUGUGGGGUUAGGUACCAUCUGUACAUGAGUUUUCUGUGUGCUUCUAUGUGUGUGUAGCAUUUUGUCCAUUUAGAUAGGUCAUUCAGUACAUGCAGCCAGUCUUCGUCUGUGAGUUGGAUGGCACAGUCUAGUUCCCAUUGAGUUUUGCAGCGUGGUGGUAUUUUAGGUAUGGUGUCUUCCCACGCUUUAUAGCAUAGGGAAAUGGUUUUUGGUUUUGUGGGGUGUUUCCAGCACCUUUCUAUGAUUGCCUUUGUUGGUAGGGAUAUGUGAGCAUGGGUUGAAUUUUGGUUGCUUACAUGUGUUGUAAUGAUUCCCUUAAGUUGUAGGUAUGUAAAGAACGCGUCAUUGGGAAGUUCCCAUUUGUGUUGUAUGUCGGGGAAUGUCAUCAUUUUUUGGGAUUGAAGUAAUUGGUGUAUGUGUGUUAUUCCAGCCAACGACCACUUGUGUAAGCGUAUGUCUGGCGUGAUGGCCCUUAGGGCCAUCAGUGGUGCCUCUGCCUGGAAUUUAUUUUUGUCCCCUACUUUUUCUAGAAAUGUUGUCCAUAUUUGGAUAGUAUAUUUUGUUGUGGGUAAUAGAUCAGAUCUUAACGACCUCAAUUUUCUUGGUGUCCACAAGUGUGCUAGUGCCAAGUUGUUGCUAAACUGGGCUUUUUCCAUGUCCACCCAUUGUAUGAUCCCCUCAGUAGUAUGGAGCAGUAUCCCUGUUGCUAAGGCGGAUGCUUUAUAGUACAGAUCUAUGUUGGGUAAUCCCACACCACCAUGUUUUGAGUGUUGGUAUAGUAUCGCACUUGCGACGCGUUGCUUUUUGUGUUCCCAUAUGAACGCGUUACAUAUGGAUUGUAGUGUUCUUAUAAGUGUUUUUGGUGCUUGUAGAGGGAGCAUUCUGAAUAUAUACAGUAUUUUUGGGAGUAUCACCAUUUUAUACGCAUUUAUUCUGCCUAGCCAGGAGAUGUGUGUUUGCGACCAUUUGCGUGUUUCAUUCUUGCAUUGUUGUGGGAGUGUGAGGUAAUUUACUUUUAAUACUCCUGCUAUGGUGGGUGCAAUUUUUAUGCCAAGGUAAGUGAGUGAGGUUGUCCUCCAAUCGAAGAGGUAUUUGUCUUUGAGCACAGCUGUGGUGGAGGAGGUGAGUUUGAUGGGUAGUGCUUGCGUUUUGUCUUGGUUUAGACGGUAGUGUGAUAUGUCCCCGAACCUUUCCAAGGUCUCCAACAGGUGGGGCACUGAUGUUUGAGGGUUUUCUAGUGUGAUUAAGAUAUCGUCUGCAAAUAGCGCUAGUUUGUAUUCCUUGCCUAGGAUUUUGACGCCUUGUAUGCGUUCGUCAUUUCUUAUUUUUUGUGCUAGCGGUUCGAGGGAUAGUAUAUAUAGUAGGGGGGAUAGGGGGCAUCCCUGUCGUGUCCCAUUGGAUAUAUGGAAGGUGGCUGAGAGGAAGCCACCAUGGGCCACCUUGGCCGCCGGUUUCACAUAUAGCGCCAUGAUCCCUUUGAUAAAUUCGUCUGGGAAUCCGAAUUUUUGUAAUACUUUCUGCAUAUAGGCCCAAUUGAGUCGGUCGAAGGCCUUCUCCGCAUCAAGUGCCAGCAGGAGGCCUCCGGCCGACCCCCUCUCCAUGGUAGCUAGUAUGUUAAGGAUUUUUCGCGUGUUAUCGGAGCCUUGUCUCCCCUUGACGAACCCUGAUUGAUCGUUGUGUAUUAGUUCGCUUAUUAUGACCGUGAGCCUGUUACUUAGUAUUUUCGCGUAUAAUUUGGCAUCCCCAUUUAGAAGGGAGAUGGGUCUGAAGUUUUUGCAGGUGGUGGGUGGUUUGCCUGGUUUGGGUAAUGUCGAGAUGUGAGCUAACAGUAGUUCCUCUGGCAAGACUCCCGUGUCUAAACUGUGUUGGUAUAGGUUUAGGAGGUGGGGGAGUAGUAGUUUGGAGAAUUCUUUAUAAUAUCUAUUUGGUAGGCCAUCUGGUCCUGGGGAUUUGUGUGAUGGUAAGUCAGCUAUGGCUUUAGAUAUUUCUUCAUGGGAUAUUGGCUGUUUGAGUUGUUUUACUUUAUCUGAUGACAGGGAUGGGAGGUGAACAGUUGCUAAAAAAUUGUCAAUAUCUGCAAGCGUAGGGACUUUCGUUCCCCCGUCUUCACUCAGGUUAUACAGUUUGUGAUAAUAUGUGGAGAAUUCGUUUACAAUUUUGUUCGGAUCACUAACUUUCUGACCAGUAUUUGUGUUUAGGAAGGCAAUCCUGGAGGCGACUGAUCUUUGUUUGAGCUGUGAGGCUAGUUUUGCUCCUGCUCUGUUGCCAUAGGCAAAGUACCUGUGUUUGUAUUUUUGUAGCAGGUAUGUGGUUUUGGCCAGUUCAAAGUUUUGUAAUUUAGUGUGAGCUUGCAGGAGAGCUGUUUUGGUCAUGGCUGAUGGUGAGCAUUUGUUUCUAUGUGUUAGUGCCGUUAUUUCUUGGAUGAUUUCUAGGUAUUGAGCUUGGCGUACUUUUUUGGCUUGACUUGCGUGUUUUAUAAAACUACCCCUGAUCACCGCUUUGUGUGCUAACCAUACAGAAUUUGGCGAUGUGUCGGGGCGAACAUUUUCUGUGAAGUAGUUUUGGAGGUCUGUUCUGAUUUGGGAUACUAUGCUUGGAUCUUGGAGUAGGGAUUCGUUUAGUCUCCAGGCAGUGUGGCCAGGGGAGGGGUAUUGCUCAGAUAUGGUCAGAGUGAUGGGGGCAUGGUCUGACCAUGAUAUGAUACCAAUUUCUGCACUUAUCAUUCUCUCUAGUGAUGUGUUCUUUAUUAAAAAUCUGUCAAUUCUGGAAUAACUAUUGUGUGCAGCGGUAUAGCAUGUGUAAUCGAUUUCAGCUGGGUGGGAAAUUCUCCAUGGAUCUACAAAGUUAUGUGUCGUUAGUAUUCUGCGGAUGUUGGAGGUUUGUGUGUGUCUCUGUUUUGAAGUGGAUAUGGUUACCGUUCUCGCGGCUGAGGAGUCCAUAUUGAUGUCUAGGAGAAAGUUAGUGUCGCCUCCAAUGAUUACCUCCCCAAAGCUGUACAUUGACAGGAGAGAGAACAUGUUAGCUACAAAUACUUGUUGGUUUUCAUUAGGGCAAUAGACAUUUAUCAAUGUAUACGGUUGAUUGUUCAUACAACAUUGUAAUAUAAGGUAUCUACCUUUUUUGUCACUUAUUUUUCGUACAAGUUCAAAAACAACAUUCUUAUUGAUUAUUAUCGAUACCCCUCUUUUUUUUUUGUGGUAGCACGUGUGGUAGUCUACUGGAAACCACGCGGAGUUGAACCUGGGUUUGGAUCUCCACUGAAAGUGGGUUUCCUGAAAAAAUGCCACCUGUGCUCCUUGUUUCUUGGCCUCCUGGAGGGCCAAUCUACGUUUGUUAGGCGAAUUUAAGCCUUUGGCGUUUAGCGAGAGAAAUUUUAGUGGCAUGGUACAGUUUUCCUUCACGUGUUAUGGUUUGAUCACCGACUAGUUCAGUUGGUGUGGUGGGACAAGCACAGGUUUGUUGGGAUGUUACCUAAACUGUGGGAUGGUGACCUGACGGUCAAUCGAGGGGGAUUGGGGGGGAAGUGAACUAUGUACAAUUGCCCGUCAGCCUCUCCGGCUUAGUGCAAAGGUAUGCAGACGGGUACGUGGGGGCCUACCUAGUAAGCCUUACGUGGGGGUCGGUGGUUUUUAAGUAGGUAAGUUGUGAUAACCAGUGUCCACCUCGUAUAGAAGGCGGAGAUUAGGGAAGAAGAGGUAAAGAAAAAGUGAGAAAGAAAAGUUACAAUAAUAAAAACAGGAACAUAUAAAAAGGAAGCAGGUAUAAAGCUAAAAUAGCAGUUAUACAGUUAACAGUGGUCUAACGCCCACCGUGGGCUCCUUUUUUUUAUUUAUUUAUUUAUUUAUUUUUCGUCAUUAUUGCGUCAGAGGUGUGCCAUAUAUAUCAGCACCUUCUUACAUGCAGUCAACCUGUUAAACAUGAAACCAAAUUAAGUAGUAAAGUUACGUGUCCAUGUGCGCAGAUGGAGAGGGUUUAGGGAUGAGGAUUUCUUCGGCUUUGAGGGGUUGUCGUGAUCCAUGGAACGUGUUGCCAGUCUCUCGUCACUUUACGGGGUGGUGGCAUGUCCGAAUUUCUUGGGUCAGUUGUUGGGACAGGAAUGUUCCAUUCAUCCAGAAUUUUCCUUCCUUCUUCUGGCGUCAGAAUUGCUCGAUCUAUUCCAUUUCUCUUGAUGAUUAGUUUUGUAGGGAAUCCCCAUUUAUACAAUAUGUUUGCGUUUCGGAGAGCCGUUGUUAUAGGUGCAAAUGUUCUUCUUUUAAACAUGGUGGCCGCUGAUAGGUCUAUGAACAACUUAAGGUCUGUGUAUCCGUCCGGAAGGGGUAUAUUCAGCCUGGCGGCCUGCAUUAUUUGAUCUUUGGCCGAGAAGUAGUGGAUUCUAGUGAUAACAUCUCGGGGAAUGGUAGCUGCCAGAUAUCGUGGUUUGGGCAAUCUGUGCGUUCUGUCAAGUCUUAGGUCGGCUUCAGUUAGCGUUGGGACCAUAGAUUUAAACAGCUUCUGUACAUAUUGUGGGAGGUCUUGUGGUCCCACAUUUUCGGAUAUUCCACGGAUCCUAAUGUUGUUCCUUCUAUCUCGGUCCUCAUUAUCUGCAAUCUUCCCCUCUAAGUAUUUGACCUUAUUUUCCAGCGCUACAUGCGCCUCUGCUAGGUCAUUGUGUGCUUCCAACAGGCCCUCUGUUUUUUCUUCCAAGUGUGCUGUCCUGUCCCCCAGUGCCUGGAUGUCAGUUCUUAUAUCAGAUGCCAUUUUUUGUAUAUCAGAGCAUAGGGCUGCUUUAAGCCUUUCUAGCAUUGUGCUUAUUGAUGCAUCUGUGGCAGGAGUCAUGUCUGUGCUUUGAAAGCUGUUUUGGCUGUCUCCUACCUCAGGUUCUAGUGUGGGGGAUCCUGUGUCUCUGACGCCAUCUUGGAUCUGCAGAGGGGUUGCUUGUUGCACAUUCAGGUGCGAUUCGAUCGUUUUUUGUUUCAUUUUUUUCGAUAUUUUUGUUGUCAUCUUGUUCUGUGUGAUGUUAGUGCCUGGUAGGGCCGUUUUUGGUGGCUGGUUUGCUGGGAAAUCACGCUGUUAAGCCCACGGUGUGGCGGAGCUCACCGCUUAUGCGACCUCUUCCAUGCGGUCCGAAGCCACGCCCCUUAAUAGCAAUUUUUUGUGUGUGUGUGUGUGUGUGUUUUCUUUUCUUUGAGAAGAAGGAAUUGCAAACCGUAAUAAUGGGAAGACGUGUAUAUGGGAGCAGUGGAUGCAGGCAGUACAAUUGUUGAAUAAUACUCACUCUGUGCUUCUUUUUAAAGGAGAGCACGAUUCAAAGGUUUUCGCUCACAUUGGAGACGGGGAUUUUACAGCACGGAUAACAACAGAUGGAGAAGAAUAUAACAUAGAGGUAUGCUCAAUUUGCAUAUUUGCAAGGAAAUAGAAAUCAUGGAAAAACAGUGUUAAACUUAAAGGAACGCUAUAGUCACUUUGUUUCUGUUUAUGCAGCCCUAGCCACACCUCCCCUGGUUAUGAUUGACAGAGCCUGCAUUAAAAAAAAACAACUGGUUUCACCUUCAAACAGAUGUAAUUUACCUUAAAUAAUUGUAUCUCAAUCUCUAAAUUGAACUUUAAUCCCAUACAGGAGGCUCUUGCAGGGUCUAGCAAGCUUUUAACAUAGCAGGAGAUAAGAAAAUCUUAAUUAAACAGAACUUGGAAUAAAGAAAGCCUAAAUAGGGCUCUCUUUACAGGAAGUGUUUAUGGAAGGCUGUGCAAGUCACAUGCAGGGAGGUAUGACUAGGGUUCAUAAACAAAGGGAUUUAACUCCUAAAUGGCAGAGGAUUGAGCAGUGAGGCUGCAGGGGCAUGUUCUAUACACCAAAACUGCUUCAUUAAGCUAAAGUUGUUCAGGUGACUAUAGUGUCCUUUUAAAAAAAAAAAAAAAAAAAGAUUUUCUGCUGAUGCAUUAGAACUAUUUUCACACAAAUUCUUUCAUCCAGUGCAAAACAAUCCCUCUCCCCCCGAACAAAAUGAUUUUUCUAAAUACAGAGUUCUCUGUGAUUUGGUUUUAUUUAUUCCCCCACCUAUCCCCCCCAUCCAUCUAAAUUGUAUGUAUUUGUGUACACAUUGAUGCUUUGUUUGUGUGUUCAUACAGGAAACACAAUAUCACAGUGUAAUUGUGAAUGUUACCCAUUCUGCAGGUCAUUGAAAAAUGCAGAAUUAGAUGAAACAUUACAUUUGUUUGCAUUAGCCAUUGUGUGUGUCUCUGAUGGCUAUUGACAGAUCAAUAGUGUACGGAACACUUAGAAAUGGGGCUAGGAGCCAGAAGAAUUGAAUGAUGGAUGGUAUGACAAUGGGAUUGAGAAAUCUGCUUGUCUUGCAGUGUACCAGCUACAGUGUGGAGAUCCAUCAUUUAGUUAGUUUUGUGUUUCCGCUUGCUCACUGUGUUCUCAUUUACAAGCUGCAGUAUUAGUCACUUGGUGAACUGUGUGAGCCAGUAAGGGGCGUUGAGGAAUGGAAAUUAAGCCCUGGUAAGGAAUGUAUCCCUACUCAUAGCUACAUAACCUAAGCAACCACGUAUAAGAACUUUAUCAAAUCUGUAUCAAAGGAAGAGGGGCUAAUAGGUGAGGGCCUCUAAAAAAAACAAUGGUUGGCAGGUGUGUGGCAGCCAUUCGGUUUGUUAAUGAACUGCCUCACGAGAGAGGCUAUCCUGUAAUAGCAAGUGUUUGCUACAAUUACAUAGUGUACUUUUAUUAAUGUCCUCUCCGGCUGCCUCACAGUGAUAGGCAUUGUAAUUGCUGGGCACUGCUGUCCCUUGCCUUGUGGGACCUCGAUAUUGGUAUUUCUAUGGCGUCACCCUGCUGGCAUCUGGAAGCAAGAUACAGGGGCCGUUGCCAAGAGCAUAAGUGAAGUUAUCGUGUCCUGUACAGCAGCUGUCACAAAGGAGUUACACAGCAAAAAGCCUGCAUGCCUCUCAGACAGGAGCACAGAUUAACAAAAGGGAGAGACCACCAAUAAUUUGAUGGGCAGGGUACUUGAAAGUGGUGGAAGUUGAUCUAUACUUUACGCUUGCUAAAUUGCUUGCAGAUGUAUUGCUAAAAACAUUUCCUUUUAAAUUUGAAUUCCAUUGUACUUGAUGCUAUUACAUAAAAAUUUAAACACUGGUUUAAAUAAUAAACCAUGGUUUUCCCUAAUAUUCUAAACAGAAACACCAAAACAUUUAAUCUAUACGAAUUGGGGAUAGAUGGGAUAACAAGUGAAAUCUGUAAAACAAGAACUAGUGCAGUAUGUUUGAUAAAAGCCUCCGUGCUGCUGUCCAGCUUCUAUGGCUGAGAUCAAGACUAAUGAUGUCAGCUAGCCCAAUGCUUUCCUAUGACGCUAGUGCGCAUGCAUGGUAAAAUGCUGCGUUGCGCCAAUCAGAUCCACUUUAUGAGACCAUCAGUCAGAAAUAGUAUAGUUUUACUUGGCUAUAUCUGAGGGAAGCACCUCUAGUGGCUGUGUCUGUCCGAGUGACAACUAUUAGAGGCAGAACAGUCGUGUUUUACAUUGCAGAGUUAAACAGGAAUAUGGCAUCCAGACCACGUCAUUGAGAUGGUGGUGGUCUAGGUGCCUGUAGUGUCCCUUUAACUAUCUUUGCUUCAUCUCAGAGAAUUGCUGUCAAGGUAAAUAAUUUGUCAGGUGUACUGUUUGGGUGCUUGCUAUAUGUACGUGCAUAUAGCUUCAUGUUAGUGUUCUGCUUUCAGCCGCUGUGGAGGUUUGUCGAGAACACCUCAAGGGACAGCAUGUUAGUCUAUCGAUCAGACGAUAUCCAAGACUAUUCCCGUCUCAAGUCCUCGAAAGUCUGUGGGUACGUCAAACCCAAGGAAGAUCUCUUCAUGAACGAGCAAGACACCGAUCAGGACGUAGAAGGUUUGUAGAUUUUCUGGUCUGUAUAUUUUUACCCUAUAUAUUUGGCAGUGUAGAUUUAUCAUCCUUUCACAUUUAGAUCUUUACAGUGUAAUGAUUUAUUCAAAGCAUUGACAAAAUUAAUCAAUUCCAGCACUGCCACUUGUCUAUCAUUGGUUAAGCUAUACCUAUGUGAAAUUUCCAAAUUAUCAUAAAAUGCAUGUUCUCUCUCUCCUCCGCUCAUUAAUUUGCUGACAUCUUACUCGCCCGGUAAACAAGUACUGCGAUUGUGUGGGUUGAGUCUUUUCAGACUUGCCUUGUAAGCAGCAAGGAAGCAGGUUCUUGGCCUAGAGAGUAGCCUAUUACCUAAAUGUUCCGUUUGUUGGCAAGUUUGAGCCAUUACUAACUAGACUGGUGACAUAAGCUUACAGAAGCAAUUUAGGAAGAAGGUGGGAUGACACCUCUGUUCCAUUUUGAUUAUUUUACAGAUUAUUUUUGCAAAUAAGGGAAAGCUUUUAAUAGAGGUUACAGAACUGAAGUGGCUAUUAAAUAUAUAAGUUUGGGAUAUUUGUCUAAGUUAUAAGUAGGAAUACAUGUCUGCUCCUUAAAAUUAAUCUGGCACUCACAAAUUAACAUUCAGAUAGGUAUGGAAUCGGUCUAUACAUUAUGCUGAUUAAAUUGCCUGCAGAUGUGCAGAUUAAAACAUACUUACAGCACCCCUCAUAGGCAGCAUGGUGUCCUUCAAUAAACAGAGUGCUUGCAUGUGCAGCUGCUCCCGCACUCAGUGUGGAAUCUUAAGAUGGCACUAGGGGUCGUAAGAUGCUGCCAAAGCAUUUGGGUGUAGGCGUCUGUAUAUCUCCACAAUUGCAGCCUUUAACCAAAAAAGUUAAGAAUAAUGUGUAGUCAUUUUGUAUCUAUGCAUUUGCUAGCUCAGUGUAUAGGUGGCGAAUAAGAAUAUUGAGUCAGUGGGUUAAAGGAGAGAUGUACUAAGUAAGGGCAGGUGGAAUGGAGGGGAAUUAAACUAAGUAGGGGGGGAUUAACGGAGAUGGAAUGGGGAGGGUAGAUACUGAGUGGUUCAGAUAAAAUGUUACCAUGAAGAUAAUCGGGUAGAUUAGAAUAGAUGAGUUGAUUUUUAUUUUAUGAAUUUUAAAAUAUUCUUUAACGGGACCCUUAAGGGAAUUUAACCGAUAUUUUUUUUUUUUUUAUUAUUUAUUUUUCGUGCAUAGAUUAUUCAUGUAACAGUUUUCUAGCGAUGCCACAACAGCUAUCGCCAGGGUUUGAGUAGACAUGUAAAUACAAUUGUAUGGCAGGAAUAACUUUGCACAUUUUUAUAUAUAUAUGAGAAGAGUGGUUAGUGGUAUAGCACUGUUCCAGCGUGAGUGUGAGAGAUUAUGUUCAGAUAGAGACCUUCAGGUUAGGGAGCAGGGGCUAGUGUGCGUGUUAACCAUCAGGUUAGAUUUUUGUUAGGUAUAUACAUGCGUUUAAGUGUUAUCAGCCCUGGCCGCAGGACAGAGCAGUGCCUGUCCAAACUUUGGGCUGGUUUUGCUUUGAAAAUCACACUGCCCAGUCGCCUCAUUCUAGGUGUACGUGUCCCGUGUUUCAUCUACACUUGGUUAAAUCUAUGCUUCAGUCGACACCUAGCGCGACCCAACCGAAUUUAGCGGCAGCAAUUUGGAGAGUAGCCAGCCAGCCCGCGCAUCCCACCCCCAGCAAUCCCAUGAAUACUAGAUUGUUUGCUCAUGGAUAGUUAUGGGACAGGAGUGUUGCGGGCAAGCUGGCCCCCCCAAAUCACGUAUGCCACCCAGUCCAGGCUGCGAACUAUGUGCUCCAGACUUAUUUUGCGUAAGACUUAUAACUUAUUUUUAGUUUCAGAGUGCUAGAUCUAUCUGUUGUGUUAUCAAGUGGUCUGUGGUGUCAGUCGGUUAGUCGUGAGAGUAUCUUGUCAGGGGGCCUUAUCCGUGGUCCGUUUGAGUUACUCUUGAGGGGUACUAGCCCUAACCUAGGGGCUGUCGGGGGGGGGAUUUCUGUUCUGUAUGGUAGUGCAUAUUCCUUUAGUGCACUGGUAUUCCAGCGCCGUCCCUGACAGGCUCACAGCGCGUCAUAUGGGUGUUAGAGCGUCAGAUUAACUUGCUCAUUAUCAACAAAGCUUAAGUGGCUGAAGGUGAAAGGGUAUAUGAGAGAAACACAAGAAAAUACAUUUUGCCGUUUUUAGCCUUUGAUCGGGAUGGAGUAGGAGACUUCUCCCCUCAUUCCCGUCAUGUGGCGUGAGUGUCCCUUCUCCGUGUCCUCGGGGUGAACGGCUCUAUCGUCUCCGGGUCACAGGCAUGGGUAGCGUUCUGGGCAUGCUCGGUCGGCAGGCCCAAUUUUGGUAGUAGCGCGGCAGCAUCAGGUCCUGUAGCGAUUUUGUACGUGUUUCCUCGGUGUGUAACCAGGAGGUGGCGUGGGUUUCCCCACCGAUAUGAUACGCCCGCGGAACGUAGCUGGCUGGUGAAGUCACUGAGGGUUCUUCUCCAUUGGAGAGUGGCUCUGGUUAAGUCCUGGUAAAAAGUCAGUUGAGACUCCUCGAAGUUGAGCGGUGUCUUGCCCUUGAGUGCCGACAUUAUGUGCCCCCUAUCCUGGGGAAGGAUGCAGCGGACUAUGACGUCUCCUGCUAGGAGUGUAGAUGCCCUUGUUGGGGUGGGUAGUUGGUAUAUUCCGGCAAAGGUGAGUUUCUUUGCCACCGCAGGAGGAAGUAUAGCUUGCGUGAGCCGUCUCACGUAGUGAGGUAGGUCCUCUUUGGAGACUGUGACAGGGAUACCUCGGAUUUUUAUGUUAUUGCGUCUGUGUUUGUCUUCUUGGGCUGCUAGUUGAACCUCGAAGUUUUGUUGAUUGUGUUGUAGUUGUGUGAGGGAGUCUUGCAGCGAGGUGAUUUCUUUUUGGAUCCCCUGCACUUCUCUCUCAGUGUGUGCUACUUUUUCAGUGAUUUGUUGCAUGCUUGUUUUAAGGGCAGGUAAAUCUGCAGCCAGCAGGCUUUGGAUUUCUUGCAGCAUAGUUUGCAUAUGCUGCAGGUCCUGUUUAGUGGCCGGUUCAGUGGUACCCUGCUGGGGUGUGGGUUGUAGCCUUGGAACCCCCUGUGUGCUUUGCUCCCUUAAGUCAGAUUCUAGUGGGGAGUCUGGGCCUUGUGCGGCCGCCAUUUUGGCGGGUGUUUGCCUCUGGAGCAUUGUGCUUAUAUCAGGCUGAGCUGUACCUGGUUGAGGUUUCUGGGAUCUGCGUCCCAUCCCUGAGAUUCCGUGUUCGGAGUUGUGCUGGGAUGUGUCCCACUAGUCUUCUAGGAAGUCCCCGCCGAACAGGUAAUCCAGGCCGUGGUGGGCUGAUGGAAGGUAGGCCCGUGCUCUGUGUUUUGACUUUGCCUGCUUCGGGGUGUACCGGAAGGGCAUCGGAAGAAUCCGGGGGAUCUCCCCCGUGCUAUGCCGGUGUUCUUGCGGCUGGAUGUCAGGGCUGCGGGCUGAUAUUGAGCGGAUUCGGUCCGUAGAUGUCGGAGCCCGCAGAAAUGGCGUCCAGCCCGUCUCGUGUCCAGGCUCCGCCCCCUAACCGAUAUUUUUAAUGAAUUUUGCUUUAACUAAAAUGUGCGAGGGUGUGUAUGUAACCUAUAAGUUCUGUAGUGUGUGUGUGUUAUUUAUUGCACAUUAAUGAUAUAUUAGAUGUUUGUGUCCUAUGAAUCUUUGAAAUUCGAUUUUCAUGUUACGUAAGCAAAUCUUACCAGUAAUCAUUAAAUGUUUGUUCACUGUUAGCAAUUAGAUGUUUUUAGUGGGCUUCAUGUACUGUAAGCAGAUACAAGGUUUAUAUUAUAAAUUGUUACUUACAUUUAAAUACUUGGCAUCAGCAAAACACACUUCAUUCUGAUUGCACUGCUACUUAACCCAUGGUGUGCUUGUUCUAAAAAACAAACCUGGAUCUAUACUGCUAACAGCUCAUCCAUGUCAAAACCCCAAAAGUACCAAUCUAUCCACAUAUGGCUAAUUCUAGUCAACCGAUGUGAAAUUAGCAGCUUAAACCUUUCCUUGACAUUAAUUCCAGAGAUUUUAUUUCAUUGUCUUUUUAAUGAUGAUUAUUAUUGUUGAUUGUGAUCUCCCUAACUCCUACAGCAUCCCCUUCACUCAUUACAAUGUACUAAAUAGAGAAAGUAGCUUAAAUUAUUUUAUUUUCUAUUUCUUUGACCCUAUCUCUGUUUUCUUGCCAUGGAUUACUGCUGUCCCUUCUCCUUCUCCUGGUUUUAGAAAGGAUGAUUUAAGGAUGGAUGCACCAUUAAGCUUACCUUUCCUGGUGGCAAACCUGGUCUCCAUGCAAUUAUUUUCAUGCAUUCACACACUGCGCCACUAUGCAAUUAUAUCCCUUCAUUCACACACUGUACCACCAUGCAAUUAUAUCAUUUCAAUCACACACUGUACCACCAUGCAAUUAUAUCCCUUCAUUCACACACUGUACCACCAUGCAAUUAUAUCAGUUCAUUCACACACUGUACCACCAUGCAAUUAUAUCCCUGCAUUCACACACUGUACCACCAUGCAAUUAUAUCCCUGCAUUCACACACUGUACCACCAUGCAAUUAUAUCCCUGCAUUCACACACUGUACCACCAUGCAAUUAUAUCCGUUCAUUCACACACUGUACCACCAUGCAAUUAUAUCCCUUCAUUUGCUGUACCACCAUGCAAUUAUAUUAGUUCAUUUACACUGCACCACCAUGCAAUUAUAUUAGUUCAUUUACACUGCACCACCAUGCAGUUAUAGCCCUUAAUUCACUCACUGCACCACCAUGCAAUGAAAUCCCUACACACACACACACACACACACACACACACACAGCCUCUUUAAAUAUGUGUGUUCACACACUCUGUCUCCAUAUAAUAAUAUGCUGUGGCUCCAGUACUCUCAUAUAGUCAUUGUCCUCCAGUUUUGUAUGAAGAAGGAUCUUGGUGGUAGAAUUGGGUGCUAGGAGAAACUUGAAGAAAGUUUGACAAAACCCAGUGUGGAACUCACUUCUGCAAUAAGCUUUAAGGGGUACGCAGUGUGCCAUUAACAUUUCAAAUCCGAAAUAUAUAACUAGCUGUAUUGAAAGAAAAGGAAAUGUAAUGUUUUAAAUGUCUUGCCCAUGUGAAAUGUCCACCUUUUGUCAGUCCCACCAACUGGUAAACAGUACACAAUCCGCAAAGUUAGUCAGGUAACAAUACCUCCAUCAUUGCUCUGGGACACAAAGAUAGUGUUUAUAAUGACCUAUAUUGGUCCCUCGAGUGAUGAGUCAUAUUGUUAAAGAGCCUUUUAGGGGUAUGCUAAUGGUCUGUGAGACGAUACACAUUUCACAUAUUUUAAUAACAACAUAAUCAGUCCAGGAAAUGGGUGAAAUGGCAGGAUUUCAAAAAACUACAUAAUUUAUGGACCUACCACAGAGCUGAGCUACAUCAGAUUAUUAUUCAUAUCCAGCAAGAAAAAAAAGGUAGAUCGGUUUAUUGAAUGGAUAAAAUUACAGAUUUCAAAAUGCAAGGAGCUAUAAAACUGUAGUUUUUUUUUUUUUUUUUUAAACCAUUAUAUUGUAUUUUUUUUGUUUGUUUGUUAGCUCUCUGUGAUGAAUAAUACAUCUUUGUUUUCAGGGUUUAUGUACUUAACUGUAUGUUGAGUUGACAGGUGACUCACAACAUUUUAGCCAAAAUAUUCAAGUUUGAAAACACCUCUAAUUCAAACUUUUUGUUUUCCUUUUUGCAUCUGUUAUUUUGGCCUCAGUUUUGGAAUGUCAGAUUGCCAUUUAGUGAAUAAAGACUGGUGUUUGGAAUCUUUUGUUGAUUUUAGUGAAUUAUAAUAGUUUUAAUUGUAAUGGCCAUUCUGUAAUAAAAUACUAAACAAGUCGAUAGCACCAAGUAGUAGACAUUAACAUGAGUUUUUUAAGAUGGGCAGCUUCUAAAUGGACAGUAGGCAAAGAAUCUUAAACAUAUUGGCUAUUAGAAGUGUUACAUGCAAAGGGGAAUCUUAAAUUCAAAUUUUGACACAAGGUCAAUUCAUUUUAAAAAAAUGUAUUUCUACGAGUCUUCAUUUAAGUCAUCUGUAUAGAAAGUGAGUGCUUUUAUGUCUUUAGCUUAUAUGCCCUACAUAACAAUAGACUGCUUGAUACAUAUAUAACUGUAAACUGCAACCAGACACUUACAGUUUGAGUGUUGCUUGGAACAUGCAGAUAAAAAUCAUAGUUAAUAUGUCUUGUAUGCUAUGCUGCCUCUAGAACACUAUUGAUCUGUCCUGAAUUGUAUGGGCCAUCUAAGAAACGUUGCCUUUUAAUUGAUUUUUCUUCUUCCGGAAUGGAAGUAAUGUGCUUGAUACUGUGUAGAACCUUGCAGCAAGAAUUUGCUCUUUAAUAAUGCAUCCUUACCGAGAGCACAUUAUUCUAAAGCAGACUGUAGGCUAGCAUGACAUCAUUUGGUCUGUCAUAUUCUAUUGAUUUGAAUGAAGCAAUAGCAAGCAUAAACACUGACCGCUUCCUGUGCUCAGUAGGGAAUUCCCUUCCAAUCGAAGUGUUAAUGAUGAUGCCAUAUCCUGAAUCUACAAUCAAAGGCAGCUUAUUAUUCUGAAGAAAAUUAAAACUACAAAUGGCAGUCUCCAUAUUUCUUUUCUUGGCAUAAUAGUACAAAAAAAGCAACUUUCUUCUACAAAUAAACCUUCUCUAAAUUGUUUCAGUCCGCAUACCUAUGGCGUGAUGGCAAACAGAAACUUUGUAUCGAUGCAUUAAUAAAGAUAAAUGAUAAAUAACAGGAAGGAGAUAAUCUUUAGUAUUUCCUUUUCCACGCACGGUUAGGACAGAUAAACACAUUUUUCCCCCCUUUGGUUGUAUGAAAUCAGUUUCUUAUUUAAGUGCUGUCUAAGACCCUUGGGGGGCUAGAAGCGGUCAGUAGCUUCCUGAUUGACGUCUCUGGUGAAGAUGAAGGAACAUCCGCAUCCUAUUGCCACUUGUGUUUAAAAAGAAACGGAAGAAUGGUUUUCUAUGGUCUGUAUCUGGGGUGGACAUGAAAAUUGCUUUGAGUACCACAUAUGUGUUUCCUUGUGCUAGCAGAUGUGAUCACCAGUAAAAAUAGACAAUAAUAAGGAAACGAUGACAUGGUGAUUAGUCACUUCCGCUAGGAGCAUUGAUCUAUGUUAAAUGAAUAUUAAGAAACCGACUUGCCCAUCAUACUCAAAUGUAAAACCCAAAUAGAGACAAACGACUGGGGCAUUGCACUGCUUGAUAUAUGCAGAUUUUUAGACUGACUAUCUUAUUUUACCUAACACAUCUGGGUGUACACUAUAGACCGCAGUAAUUUUACAUGGCACAACUUGAUAUACACUAAUAGACUGCAAUGGUUUUACAUAGCACUACGCGAUGGACCACAGUGAUUUUUACAUAGCCUAUAUUUUGAUGUACACUAUAGGCCGCAGUGAUUUCAUAUAGCACAUCUUGAUGUACACUGUAGGCCAGAAAAGAAAAAAAGAGUAUCUACCUUAAAACAAUAUAGAAGUAGUUAUGGUAUCUAUAGCGUGAUACCUAAAAAGGAAUUAGAAAAAAAAUCCAAUAGUGUAAAAUGUGAUGGUAUGAUUACACUUGGAAUAAGGAAUAAACUUUAGCGAUAUGGAAAGUGAAAGUAAAGGUUGAGACAAAGGUUUGGAAUGCAAACCAGGAAAUGAACGGCACAUGUGGAAGUGAGCUUAACGUUCUCAGGAGUUUUGGAACGCAAGCGCUGCCACCGGUAACAGUGAGGGCAAACGCGCGUUUUGGAGUUUUUAGUUGAGUGAACUAGAACACCCGUAAAUAUUAGCUUUGUUUGCUGAUGGCAUGAUCAGCUGUCUUUGGAGCAACGUUGCCGUUUGUAAGAAAGGGGCUAUGACAUCAUGCAGGUACAGUAAUCAGUGAGAUGGAAGUAUUUUAACCCCUUAAGGACACAACUUCUGGAAUAAAAGGGAAUCAUGACGGAAUAUUUCCGUCAUGUGUCCUUAAAGGGUUAAGGAGUGACAGAGCAAAUAGAUUUAAGAUGCAGAAUUUUUUUUUUAACUCUGCAAACAUACUACUAGUUAUUUAGGCCAAAAGCUCUAAAAUGCUUAAGGGUUGUGAGGGUGUCUGGAGUUUCCCUUCACGUUAAACGAGUCUUGUCCUGGUUUGGCAAAAGUUAAUUGCAGAAGCUGCACCGUCUCGGAAUUUGCAGUAAAUGCUUGAACGUCAAAUUUGAGUAUUUUAUUAAUAUAUUUAAUUUAAUAUAUUGUUGUAUCUUGCAUAUUUUAGAUGUUGUAUCUUUAUUAUGCCUGGAGUGUCCCUUCUAGCAGUGCAUUUGAAUCAUAACUAUUUUAUCAGAUGACAGAGCAGGCACUUAGUCUUAAACAGUGCAGCAAGUUGUUUUUUGUAGUCUUUUUAUAGUUUAUUUAUUUAUUGCUUUAAACUUACAUAUGUAAUAUACUAAAAAAACACACACAAGUUUAGUUUAUCAGUAACUUCCAUUUAAUACAUUGUGUUUUAAUAUGUAUUUUCUACAUGUUAGAUUUGUGGCCUCUAUUCAUUUUCUGGAUACCAUAAUUACUUAUUCCGUAUUUUAUUUUGUUUAAAGGAACGUUCCAAGCACCAUAACCACUACAAUGCACCGUUUUAGAACAGUUUUGAUUCUUAUCUGGGGUCUGCCAGGCAUGCUCUCCACUUCCAGUACUUCCUAUGGAGAGCUGUAAGCUCCUAAGCAAGAGCUUCUUUUAGCUGUCAUGAGCCAAUCUCUGCCAUGCAGGGGUAGCUCAUUGGCUGAGGAUGAGCUGUACAGUGAGCACACUGUAGUGGUUAUGGUGCAGGGGAGCAUCUUGUUAUGUGGGUCUCCUGCUUGCUCAGCUGCGGCCUGUGAACACAUUUCUAAAUGUAGAUCAGAAUAGUAACUCUGUAGUUCUGCAAUUUUGGCUUAAAUUAAGCAGUGAAAUUGCCGGUCCUCGAUUGAAAGUUUUUGGUUGGAGUUGAUGCUUAAACUCUGCAUGGUGUGUUACUGGCAAACAGGGUUAGGUUUGGGCAGUGCACAAAUCUUUUUAUGGAAAUCUGUUUAAUGACUACAGAGUACCUAUCGGUCAGUGCCCACAUGGAUUUGAUGGAACCAUAAAAUCUCAAUAGUACCCAGUUCGACAUGUAAAAAUAUAUUUACUUGUAAAAAAAAAAAAAAGAAGGGGUUAUGUUACGCUAUUUGGGACAAGGUAUGAAGGAGGAAGCAAAGUUAGAAAUACCAAAAAUAAAAAGUUCAAAAACUAUGAACAAACUGUCUUAACAAAAGAUCUAAAUCAUUGCUUAACCUCACUGUUACUCCUUUCCUAAAACAGAACAUCUGCACCGGGAAAAGAGGCAGAAAGCUGGGCCAGACCCUUUGAAGAACACUUGCAAAAUGCUGGUGGUAGCCGAUCACCGUUUCUUCCAGCACAUGGGACGCGGAGAGGAAAGCACCACCAUAAACUACUUAGUAAGUAAAAUUACAUAAAACGCCAACACGUCACAGCCUGCUCUAUACAGUGAGAAAUGAGACAAGUCAAUACCACAUAACAAUGUUCUCUACAGGAAAAAAGCAGUGGGCGUGAUUAUACAAUAGGGGAAAACAGUAAACAGUGUAUACAGAAGGGAAGGUCGAUUGCUACAUGUACUGACAAUAUAGACUGUUUUCAUAAAUAUAUAUGAUGGUUAGAUGUUGGAGUAAAAAGAGUUGAUGAGGUUAGGGUAGACAGUGGGGUGAGGGGGACUAAUUGUGUGCUGUAAAACAUGGCUUUAGACGGAAAUUAAUGACCAGUUUGGUUAAAAUGUCUUUGCAUAUGAAGUAACUCUUUGGAGAUUUCCUAAUGGACUAGCGACUAACUGGACAAGAGUUGAGGUUGGAAGUGGGAAGACUAUGGAUGAAGGUCGUCCAUAAAAUAGAUGGGCUGGCAAGGAUCAGCUUUAUUAGGGAGGUUUGGAGCACAUAUGGGGAGACCUAGUGUAAAAAAACUUAACUCAAAUCUCCAUGAAGCUUAUCUUCCUUGUUUUAUGCACGGUGCUCCCAUUGAAAACAAAAGGAAGGUCAGGUUUGAAAUCUCGGUCACCACUUGCUGUUCCCUCUAGAUUUGCUUCAGCAGGGUUUUUCAAACUAAUUUAAUUUUAUUUGGCUUUGCUUUAUUUAACAGUUCAGUAGACCUAUCCCCAAUGAAAAAAGGCAUGCCCCCCCCAAUUGUGAGUAUAUCAAACACAUACGGCAGUUCAGCUAGCUAUUUGGAGGGUUCCUUUAAACAGUAGUUUUUUUUUAUCAGGGCAGAAACCACAAAAUCAUUUAGCAGAGAAGUUGAAAAGUACAACAGGCUUAACUGUACUUCAGCUACACAAUAUUUAUAUGAACUUCUGUAUUAACUUUACUCACUCAACAGAUUACUCACCGGACGUUUGUUCUUCUAUAAUUUUAGAUUGAGCUGAUUGACAGAGUUGAUGACAUCUACAGAAACACCUCUUGGGAUGCUCAGUGGCAAGGAUAUGGAGUACAAAUAGAGCAGGUAUGAUUCAAUUUCAAAUGAAUAAAUAAAUGACUUAUUCCAUUUUAUCUGCAUUAAGAUAAUACAAAUAUUGGUUCAGUCUUCACGUGUAUCCAUAUGUGGCCUCGAUUUAAUGUUUGGAUCACAAUCUGCUGAAAAAAAACAUUUCAAAUGUUUUAUCUAUAGACUUUAAUGGUGACUUCUGGAUAUAAAUAAUUUAAAACAUUUUUUUUUCUGACAUAUUUCGAUGUUGAUUCAAAUAAACUAAAUUCAGGUCUAUGUUGGGAGAUAUAUACCUUAAAAGCUUUUUGCCUUUUAUUUAAAUGCUGCUAUGAUGCUGAUUUGUGCAACAUACAGUAACAAUGUUACAGCACUUAGCUGAACUCAUUUCAAGUUUUGUAAUAUAGCUGGUCCUCACUUUGCGACCUACCUGUUUUGUAACGGCUCGCACUUACGACCAGCUCUUUAGCGUGGGGAUUCAAAGGAUUCCUUUUACUCCAGUAUGCUGCUGGCUCUGCCCCUGAUCUGCCUGCUUGGCUCACCUCAUCAGAAGUGUUGUUCUGAGCCAAUCACAAUGCUUGCACAUAGGAAAACAUUGGAUUGGCUGAGACUGUCAAAGAGGCAGAUAAGGGGCAGAGCCAGCACAAGCCAAACACAGCCCAGGCCAAUCAGCAUCUCCUCAUAGAGAUUCUUUGAAUCAAUGCAUCUCUAUGAGGAAAGUUCAGCCUCUGCAUGCAGAGGGUGGAGACACUGAAUGUCAGUGCUGCACAGUAUGCAGCACUGCCCCAGGAAGCACCUCUAGUAGCCAUCGAAGGAGUGGCCAGUGGAGGUAUCCCUAGGCUGUAAUGUCUACACUGCAUUUUCUCUGCAAAGACCGUGUUUACUGCAAAAAGCCUGAAGGGACUGAUUAUACUCACCAGAACAAAUACAAUAAGCUGUAGUUGUUCUGGUGACUAUAGUGUCCUGUUAAAUUAAAUAAUCUUCACCUGCUGUGGGACAUAAAGAGACACUCAGUUGACAAAAUAAAAAAAUAAUUAAAAAAGGAAAAAGUAGCUAUAUCCCAAUUAAAUGAAAUGAAAACAUGUUCCACAGCCCAAAUAAAAAGUAAAUAAGUUAAAUAAAUAAAAGUUUAGUAUAUAAACCCCACUGAAACAUGCAUUCAUUUAAGUGUGCAUUUUCUUUUUACCAUAGAAGUCUUUGCAAGGCAGGUGCCGUAGGCAAAUUCCUGCCUCCUGAGUUUAGCUCCACUGUGUUAAACUACCAGACAUGUUGGCUUUGAAGCUAUUUUACAGUUUUACAUUUUCUGUCUACCUCUCAAUAUCUAUUUUCCAUCAUCCCACUUUGACUAUUUUGGCCUUAAAUUUGAAAAUAACUUAGAAUUUUUGACUAUGAUCACUUUAGUGAAUAAAUCUAUAUAAUAUGUAUAUCCAUACAUUUUUAUAUGCUGUCUUAUUUUAAUAAAUUUAGACAACUAGCCCAUAGACCCAUACACAUACAUAAAGGGGCACUAUAAAUACUUCAGAUCUUUGUAGUGGCUAUGGUACCAGGAUUGCCCUACAACCUAUUGAAACCAAGAGGUCUUCAGACGUUUGAUACUUUUAUACAAUAUGUGUAGUCUCUAAAAAAGUAAAGCCAAUUUCUUCUGGCCAGGGUGGAAUAUCUUUUAUUUGAUCUAAUUUUGGGUACCGCUGACCACUUUAGUUAAGAACUCAUUAAACAGGAGAAAUGCUUAAUGACUUAACAGCAAGGAGUAAGAAAUUAAGAGAAAAGAUAAGCUUUCAAACAAAAAAGUAUUGAGCUAGAAGAACAUAAGCAAUGUUGAAAGGAAGACCUGGUUUUAUACUACGCUUCAGGAGACUCGGUGGAAAAAGUCAUGGAUUACAGAAUUAUCAUUUUUGUUAGUGUGCAACACUUUUUUGUUCAGGUCAUGUUAUAGAAGAACGCUGCAAUUCUACAUGUCUUGAUUGAUUGGAUAAAAUGAACAAAUGCAGUGACACUUAAGUAGAUAUCCCCCAUGGAACAAAUUUCUGGGUGGAUAUUGAGAACACAAUGGGUCUUCCUUGAUGUGUAUCGGUCCUUCUGUUGAUUGGACCACAUAAGAGUAUGUUGAACAACAUGUGGCCAGCAACUGUAUAAAACGGUCGCCUGUGGUGCGCAUGGGCAAAUCAGAAUUUAUUAACAACUUCAUAUGCUACAGUUGUUAGGAACCAGCUUUUGACCAGUUUUGUGUUAAGAGAUCCUGAGUUAUUUUUGGUGGAUUUUCCAAUUUUGACGACUAUGGAAGAUAUUUUCCAAAGAAGGGCCAGCAAUGACCGGAAGUGACGAAACUUGCCUUUAUCUGAAGUGGAAAAUGUUAAAGCAGAGGCAAGAUUUGUCGUCUUUUGACUAUUCUUUCUCAACAAUUGUUUCAAUUCGGAAACUUCUAUGAUUUAAUAUCUAAUAUCUAUUUAUAUAGUUUCUAUAAAAGGUGAAAGAAGGCAGUAUGGUCAAGAGACGAAAGCUUGGAAGAGAAAUGAGAAGGGGUGUUAAUUGUGAAAGCUUCUACAAACUUCAGGCAAAAUGAAAAUUUAGGUCUCCUGUUAAAUAUAAGAAAUUGGGUCAUUGUUUACUGUAACAGCCAAUAAUGAAUACAUGAGUUUGCAGAGAGUUUAAACAGAAAUAUUUUGACCACUAACUAUUCAAACUGCUUUGUUUUGAGGCUGCUACAAAACACACAAGUUUUAUUUUUUACAAAUUUGCUUAAUUUAUUAUUUUGGCAAUUCUGGUGCUCACGAAAGCACUUGAAGUCAAAAGACCAUAAUUAUUGCUAAAAUUGAAGUCUUAAAAAAAAAAAAAAAAACAGAGAAACAUUAAAAGGUCAAUUGUUACUUCUAGACUUUUUGCACAGUUAAAGUGUGUGUGUGUGUGUGUGUGUGUGCGCUUUUUGUCUCUAUGUGCAUUAUAUGCUAGGCUUUCCUGGCACAAGCUGGGCAUAAAAUGCAAAUGUCAUAGGGGCGGGUGUUUUGUAAUAGUAUAUACUCUCUGAUCCGCCACAUUAUUAAAAUCACUGAAGGUGAAGUUAAUUAUGUUAAUUAUUUUGUUAGUAGCACCUCUCAAGAUGUUGAAAACUAUUAGGCAGCAAGUGAACGGUCAGUUCUGGAAUUUCAGGAAAAUGGGCAAGUGAAAAGAUUUGUGUGAGUUUGACAAUGGCCAAAUAGUUGCGGCUAGACGACUGGGUCAGAUGGUGACCUACACGAUAUUUGACAAGUGAGUUUAAUCUUGUGACUGAUCAGUGUAUCAAUAAAUACAUCUUGGAAUUGAAUCUCUUUAACCAGUACAUGGAAAGUUCUCUGAACAUAUGGCUUUCAAACCUCACAUAUCACUCCUUGCUGUGGUGGUGGGGGAAACGAAAAAACCAUUGAAGUUCCCGGCGAUCUGUCGACACUGCUUUCACUGAUCAGGAAGAAACACUUGUAGGUCUUGUCAGACACACAAGGAUUAUUUGACACUUCCAUCGCAUGUCUGGCAUCCAACUGGGUGAUAUAGCUCACAAAAACAUCAGACAAACUGUGCAGUCUGACAGCACAAAUACAGAGUGUACUAUGGAGUUAGCUGGCUAGAUUCUUUGUCUUUCAUCCAAAUUUUAUUUUAUAUUCUGAAAGGAUGUGAAUGAAAAUGUAUUUCCUGUUUUUAAGUUGACAUAUAAGACUCAGGUGCCGUUGCAGAAUAAAAUGUAUUAGUUGAUUAGGAUAUUCUAAGUCUAUUGUAAAUUUAAAGUGGACAUUAACUAGUUUAAAGAGACGUUCGGAAUUAAAGAAGACCAGUCCUUUUUUUUCAAGUAUGUAAUUUGAAUAAUACAUUAAAAUUAUAUUCAAAAACUAUACAUUCAAAAAGGGGAAAGAGAAAAAAAAACACUUGCAUUUGAGGUUUAUUUAUUUACCACAUAUUCCUGUGGUCUAUAACAUUGAGCUAGUUUUUAUUUUUGUUAAUAUUAAAAGGACACUAUAGCUUAAUGUAGUUGUUCUGGUGAGUAUGAUCAUUCCCUGCAGGCAUUUUCAUGUUGUAUUUACCUGAAUCUCGUUAACAUUCAGAAAUAUCUUCCCUUUCAAAGGUGAUAUUAGUUUUGGGAAAAGCCAGAAGUCGCAGGGAGCCAAAUCUUUCUCUGAAGAGUUUGUGCCACACUUUUAUUUGUUCUGAACCCUUUUACAUCGUCCCCAAAAGCCUUCUGAAUCAUUGAAAUAGUCUCCGCUGAGUAAUGUUCAAGCUUAACGUUAAAUUCGAUUUGAACACAGUAUACAUGCUCACUCGAUGGCAUCUAGUGCCUUCACUGACUAGUACAGUGAAGUCAUCAUUGAUCAUGCAUGCGCAUUCCAGUCCACUCUCCUUGGCUGAAAGGUUACAUCGAUGUCAUGCAAACAGUUCUCAUUAUAUUAACAAUGGUUGGACAGAUUCUGGACAGAGCUCAUAUAUCUAUAUAACUUCAAAUAAUUUGUUUAGUUGCACUUAUUUAUUUAAUUUACAGAUGCUGACUUUUCAAAUCUUUUUCACUAAAGAAUAUUGGAUUGUUUUGGAUUUUUUUUUUUCUGUGUUUAAAUAUUCUUUCAUCCUAUUUAUGAACUGUAAAGCCUUGAAUUAGUUCACUGGGAGCAAGUUAUAUUUCCAAACUGUGGAAGCUCUCUACCUAGCAAUGGUCAAAUUGUGCGGACCAAUAAUGAGUCCAAAUGUGCUGCAGGUAAGCAAAUGGAUGCCAAAAGCUGUCUCUGUUGUCACAGCAGAGACAGCUCGCUCCAUUGCAUACUGACUUUAACUCAUGACUAUCAGGCCAUGUUAGAUUUGGUAUGACAAGCUGACAUCUUUUGUCAUGGUCUGUUUCAUGUUAGAUUAAGCUUUUUUGCGUUUUUCACAAAUUUAAUAUGUGAUAUCUAUUGGAUAUGCUUUCGGCACUUCCCUCUUUCUUCGCUUAAGAGAGGCAUUCAAGAUAUCUACAUAUAUUAGGUGAAACAUGUAGGUUAGGUUACAUUUGGUAACUAUGGAUGGUUUUAUUUAAAAAAAAAAUAAAAUUAUUUUAAUGCAUUCACUACAACGUAAAUACAAAUAAAAUGUGUGAGCCUGGAAUGUCUCUUUAAAGUAUGGCUCCUAAAUGUCUGUCGUAGAUUGUACCAAUAUUUGACAUCUUUGUGUCAGUCUAAAUCUAACAAAGAAGUGUUAGAAAGCUUUUAGUGUAGUAGUUAUGGUUGGUGUAUUCAAUCAGCAAUUGAGUGCAGUAGCAUACUUACUGGGGCUGGCAUGCCCAGGGAUUGCCAAAAUACAUUUCAGUCAGUGGAUACCAUGUAACCUUGGUACACCCCACUGAUCGAAUGUCAGGGUUAUGGGUAAUUCAGACACUGAUGCAGCUGAUGCUGAGUUAAAUCAUCAAAGCCUUUUUUGGUUGUGAUGCGGUUUCCUAUUGGCCUAAAGCAAGCACAGUAGGGUAUAGAGAUAAGAAGACAGGCACAGAUGGCAUGACAGUUUGAUGGUUGACGGGAGAAGUCCUUGGCAGGAAAGAUUGAGCUGGUGAACAGAAGGCUGGGGGCCCUGGUUAACCAAAUGACGAGACUCAAAGGAACAGAAAAAGGAGUUUGCAGAUAUAAACCCUUUCUGUGCUGAAAUGAUGUGUAGAACAAGAGUUCUGAAGCAAGAUACAGAGCUCACUAGUAAAAAACCCUAGUAAUGCUGAGUAUUUCGUGAGAUGGCAUUUUAAUGAAUUCACAUUUAUAUCUUUUGUUUUUGAAAUUAACUUUUAUAUAAAUUUCUCUACCAUGUACAAUGACCACAUAUCUUUACAAAAACGAAUGUGCCCUUGUAUACACUGACAGCCACUACAUUAAUGCCUCUAACAAGUGAAGUGAAUAUCAUUGUUUAUAUUGUUACAAUGGCAUCUGUCAAGGAGUGGGAUAUAUUAGGCAGCAAAUAAAUAGUCAGUUCUUGAAUUAUAUUUAUUGGAAGCCGGUAAAAUGGACAAGCAAAAAGAUCUAAGUGUCUUUGUUAAGGGCCUUUAUAGUGAUGGCUAGACAACCAAUAACAGAAUCUCCAAAAUGGCAAGUCUUGCGGGUGUUCCUGGGAUAAAGUGCUUAGUACCUAACAAAAGUGGUUCAUAGAAGGACAAUUGGUGAACUUGCAUCAGCAUCAUGGGCAUCUAAGGCUCAUUGAUGCACUUCAGGAGGGAAGCCUUGACUGUCUGAGCUGAUUACACAGAAGAGCUACUGUAGCUUAAAUUGCUGCAAAAUGUAAUACUGGUCAUGAUAGAAUGAUGUCCGAACACACCGUGAAUAACCUUUAUCUGUGUAUGGGGCUGUGUAGCCACAGACUGGCCAUCGUGUCCAUAAUGACCUAGAUUUUGUUACAGACCACAUGCACCGUUUCAUGGCAAUGGUAUUCCUUGAUGGCAGUGCUCUCUUUCAGUAGGAUAAUGCACACUGCAAAAACUGUUCAAGAAUGGUUUGUGAAACAUGACAAUAAGAGUUUAAAGUGGUUGCAUUGUCCUCCAAAUUUCCCAGAUCUCAGUCCAAUUUAGCACCUGUGGUAUGUGCUGGAACAAAAAUCCAUUCCGUGGGGCCCCAGCUUGCAAUUUGCAGGACUUUAAAUGAUCUGCUGCUUAUGUCUUGGUGCCAGAUACCAGAGCACACGUUCAGAGGUCCUGUGUAGUCCAUGCCUCGAUGCAUCUGAGCUGUUUUGAUAGCAUGAGGAGGACCUGCACGAUAUUAGGCGGGUGGUUUUAAUGUUGUGUGUGUGUGUGUAGUGCACGUUUUUUUCGUUUAUUGUAAUUUAUUAUUAAUUGCCAACUCUACACAUAUACCAAGAUAAAUACUUUAUUGACGUCAAUCAUUCAUUCCAACAGAAGGAAAAUAUAAUUGUCAGAGGAUUAUCUUCUGACCAGCUAUGAUCUAUAUGUGACGGACUCCUAAGUGUUUCCUUGCCUGUUUUUUGGCGUAGUUUGCACAACCAAUCUGUUACUUCUUUUUCACAUAGAUCAUUGUACACAAGGCACCAGAAAAUGUUUCCGGUAACAAAAAACAUUACAACAUGGCAAAAAGCUGGCCAGACGAGAAGAAAGAUGCUUGGGAUGUGAAACAACUCCUUGAGGUAAGAGGCUCCUGUUAUCAGUAGGACAAUAUUUAACACCCAAGUAAAUAAAUCAGAGUAGUCCACAACUCCUUUCUUAGUUAACAGCAGAUUAUAAUUGCGCACUUAUGUAACUUUAUUUAGUCUAAAAACAAACUGGGAGCUGACGUGUAUUUCUUUUUUUUUUUUUUUUUUUUUUUUUUUUUUUUUUUUUUUUUUCUUUUUUUUUUUAAUGUAUUUUGUCAUUUCUUUUUUGCUGAUUCUCAUGCAGACCACGCAGCAGUCGCCCAGAUCACUUUAUUUUUCUCCUAUAGAAACUGCAGGGUUAAAUCCGCCUCUUGUGGCUGUCUUCCUGACUGCCACCAGAGGCACUUCUGCUGCACUGACAGAGUAAAUCAGAAUCACGUGAAGCGGAUGCCCAUAAGUAAUCAUGGAAUACAAUGCUUUGCUAUGGGGAAGCUGACAUGUCCCCAAUGCUCCUGUAUGAGGAUUGGUCCUUUGAUCAUGCCUCCUCGAUCACAUUACAAGUGGUGGUGAGGUGAGCAGUGUUGAAGGAAUCUCAAACUAGAAUGAGAACCUUUAUUAAUCUAUAUGGCACAUGGUGGAGGGGGUGGGAGAGGAUCUGUAUAGAAGCAGCGACAGGGGCACUAUAGGUUUUUAUUUCGAACAAUAUGGUGUGCAUUUAUAUGUGGACAAUAAAGUGUUCCUUAAACAGAGGUAUUUGUUUGUUUAUUAUGAGUGGUCCUAAAACAUUUGUGUAAGCAGCGAGAUAUCUCAAUGGAUAGAGCUCCAAGUGCAGUGUCUUGAGUUACACGGCAACAAUGUCAACUUAAUCAUUACUCUUUUUUUUUUUUUUGAUAAAGUUGAUAAAAAUGAGUUCCUCAAAGCUGGCUAAUAAAAAAACAAAACAGUGAUUUACUGAGUCAGCACAACACACUGGUCAGCGGUCAGUGGUAGCAACCUUGUCUAACGUGCACCCAUGUGCUUUCAGCAAUUCAGCCAUGAUAUAUCAGAGAGAGCUGCAAAGGUCUGUCUGGCCCAUCUCUUUACAUAUCAGGAUUUUGAUAUGGGGACUCUGGGACUUGCGUAUGUCGGCUCUCAAAAACCGAACACCCAUGGAGGCAUUUGCCCUAAAGGUUAGUGAAUCUCAUUAAACUAGCAUUUUUCUUGUUUUAGUUCUUUGCUUCAAUGGAUUGGGUUCACUCCUUGAAUCAUAGCUUAUGUUGCCAGCUCUGAUAAACCUUUACUACUAAAAGUGCAACUUAAUAUUUUCCUUCACUGGAGCACUUUGUUUUCGAUACAAUGGCAUGUAGUAUUUUUAUAAAGUUUUCCCGUUUAUUACAUGCCUGGAACAUGUGGUUUAAAGUGAAGAAUUCAGAUUGAUCUAGAUGGUAACUAUUAUUUAUUGCACUGUCUACUGUUUUUGGGGGUGGGAGGUAUUGUUCAAAUACAAAAAGAUAAGUCCUGCGCUCAUCACUCCCAUCACUUCUGGGCGGCAGCAAUGACUACAGUACACAUCAGCCCCAAAGGGAAAAAAGUUACCUGCACUCUCUCCUUAAUCCCUAUAUAUAUUUAGAUAAAUGGAUGUCAUUUAGUUAAGAUAAAGGAGAGAGCGCAGGUAACUUUUUUUUUUUUUCUUUGGUUUUUAACUAUAUAUUGGGGCUGAUGUGUACUGUAGUCAUUGCUGCCGCCCAGGAGUGAUGGGAGUGAGCGAGGACUUAUCUUUUUGUAUUUGUAUUCACUUUUUGUAUCACACAGCUUUGUUACAAUGCAGCCGCCCAUCCCAUAUGUUCCCUAUUAAGGGUUAAUAAGUAUAUAGGGGUGUAUAUAAAAAAAUACCCCUCUCUGUCUCAGUGGAGAUAUCGUUGCCAGAAGCUCAGGGAAGCAAGGUGAAGGGUCAGUGUAGGACCCGCUUAGGGGAUCUAGCUUGAUGUUGGCAGGCGGGCAUUCCCUCCAAUGGCCAUUGGAGUAACUAAAUGAACUCCAUUUGUCUAAAUAUACAUAGGGAUUUAAGGAGAGAGCGCAGGUAACUUUUUUUUUUUUUCUUUGGGAGGUAUUGUAACUACAUGCUUUAACUAUCACCCUAGCUUCCAUAUCUCCAUUUUGGGACUCCAUAGGUUAAAGAAAUACACAAAUAGAACACUAAAGCAUAAAAAGGAAUUCUAAAGACAAUACGUCAAUACCUGCAGUUCUCCUUAAUCUGAAGACCAGGGGAUGUAUUCAACUUUAUACAGAACUGCUGUUCUAGGUUACCCAUUCAGAAAGCUAAAUUCUAGUUUUCUUUCUUAACUGCAAGUUGUUGGUGUACUCCAUAAUUGCUGCCGUGUUUCAGAAUUGUUCCUUUGUUUUCCUGAUUAAAAGUUGUAUUUCACGUUUUGCUUGCGAGUCUUCAUUGAUUCUCUGUUUCCAUUUUCUUCUUCUUCAGCUUAUGAAACUGAGCUAUCAAGGAAGCCGAUCUAUUUAAACACCGGCCUAACCAGUACCAAGAACUAUGGCAAAACCAUCCUUACCAAGGUGCUGUGCUCACAGUAAUUACUAAUCACUUUUUGUGAAAUUUGGGUACAUAUUCUAACGUUUACAUUUUAAAACGGGCAAAAUGAUUUUUGACAUCGGAUAAGCAAAAUAGUGAAGUUAGUUAUAUUGUGUAAAGUACAUUGUGUAUUUCGGCUGCAGCUAAGCCACCUUGAGCUCAUGUUGGUUGCCCAAUACAACCAAGGCAAAUAAAGACAAAAAAAAGAGAUGUAUUACACAUUUAACAUUCAAAUAGGCCCUCUGGUCUUCUUGCUUCUUAUCAGCCUAACUUGUUAUUCUAUACUUUCCUUACUUACAUUUUCUCCCCACAACCUUUUGUCUCAAUGUACAAUUCCCCUCCAGAUUGCUAGCUUACGGGCCAGAUUCUCUUCUUGUUUUGUUCUAGUGUGUCUAUUUAUCUCGUUUCUAUUAUUACCAAUGUUAUUUUUUCAUAAAUUGUAAAGCAGAAUGGAUAAUAGUACUAUACAAGAACUGUUAAAACAUUUUUUUAUUUUUGUUUUAAAUGCAAGGUAUAGUUGCCUUGUAAUUCUUUUGAAAGACUCUGAUUAAAUUAACUCUGAAACAUAAUGUUUUCACUUUUAGACUGUAAAGUCAUCCUAGAAUGUUUAGACGUCGAUUUCCAUGUGUUCCAGCUCCUAUGAUUGAGAAUGCAGCUUUCCCAUAUUACCCCACGGCUUCAUGGCCGUCUUGUAUAUAAAACUUAAAUGCAGCCUUUAAAGGGGUAGUGAAAAUAUCUGUCUUUACACUGCAUUAAUAUCACUUGUUUUCAUGAGAGAUCUUGUUACAGGGAAAAUAUGUGUACCAGGAGGUGAAGGCAGACUGGUUUUUAAAAGUGGUUUAUUUUUUCCCCUCUGUUUGUUCAGGAAGCAGAUUUAGUCACUACUCAUGAACUGGGUCACAACUUUGGUUCUGAGCAUGAUCCAGACAGCAUGGAGGUGUGCGCUCCCAGUGAGGAACGCGGCGGGAAAUAUGUUAUGUAUCCUAUAGCUGUGAGUGGAGACCAUGAAAACAAUAAGGUACAAUUACUCUGUUCUGUCAUAAUACUUCCUAAUACCCAAUAUUAUCUUUCCGUCUUAUCGCAUGAUAAGAAACAGUGUGUACGUGUAGUAGCAUGUUUGAGCAGGUUCCUCAACAACAUCUGUUCCUGUGCAUUCAACUCAUCUUGCUACAAAUACUUGUCAUUUAGUCCACCUAUUGACCAGCGCGGCAGAAUUUGUUGACGUUGUAUGAAAAGUAAUAAUGAUCAUACUACUAUUUAAUACAGCUGGGCGCUGUCCUUGUCUCCCUGCACGCAGUUCUUUAUAACUGCAGCAAUUUGCUGAAUCUAUUGCAGCUGUAGGAAGGACUGCCCAGUCUGUCUGAUGUUAAAGACAGAGUUUAUAUGCCAUGCUUUGCUGCCAGCUUUUCUGUACAGUGUGAGAUGCACAUCCCUACCUUCCCUUUUUGUGUGUUUUAGAUGUUCUCCAGCUGCAGCAGAGAAUCCAUUCUGAGAACGUUGAUGAGUAAAGCUUCUAUAUGUUUCAAAGAACGCAACAACAAGGUUUGUGGGAAUUCCCGGGUGGACGAUGGUGAAGAAUGUGACCCAGGACUGUUGCACCAGCAUGACGAUCCAUGUUGCACGCCGGAGUGCAUGUUCAGGGAAGGAGUCAGAUGCAGGUGGGUAGCAAGACCACAACAAAGUGGCAACAGUUUUACUGCUCUCCAUAUGAUCCACUGCAACAAUCUCGGAGAGAAUUAAAAAAUUGCCUGGGUUGUACCAAAUCCAUACAAAGCAAUCUUUAGACACACCGUUGGCAGUCUGACAAUUGAGUUCAGCUUAAUUUUCAGUGUUACUUUAGUUUGAGCAAAAAUAAGUUAGUUCCUUAAAAAUUCAGCUUAUGUAACACUUUUUCCAUCCUUUGAUUGCAUGCUACCCGAAUAUUACUAGAGCCCAGACUAAGGGUUUCAUCUAGAGUAAGGGUUCUGUAAGAUCCUGCUAGUAAGCAUCUGUAAAGAAUCUGCACAAUCUGUGAUGGUAACGUGGGUAUUGCUCCUCCAAAUGAUAUGGCAAUAUUUUGCUCUAAUUGAAUCUUUCUCAGUCCUUCCUCGAAUGGUUUCUAGGAUUUAGAACUGUUGCGUUUACCCCAAGUUUAUUAAAAGCCGUUCAAACUCACAAAUGAUAAAUAAAAAUGCAGUGUUUUUUUUGUUUUUUUGUCCAGAUAAUUCCUAUUCUUAAAACACACCUCAAAAAAGCAAAAAUAACACUAAUUCACAAAUCAAUGCUUAGUGCAAUUUAUGUCCCUGACUCUGAUAAAACAGAUACAAACAAAAUAUGAAUGAAAGUACACCAAAUUAUCAGAUUAGCAAAACAGAUGUAUUCAUACUGCACCAUAAUGUUCGAUCAGCACUGUUGAGCAUGUUCUUGUUUCUUUAUUUUUUUGUAGCAUUAUGUUUUGGUGUAUUUAUUUUUUUUAAUAUCAUUUUAGUUUAGACCCAUAUUUAUUUCCUGAACAUGCUUGUAUAGAUUCUUCGGGUACUAAACUGCUUUGUUGUGGGGUGAGAGCCCGAUGCCUGGCGUCUACUGAUGCUGAUAUGAUACGUGUCUCCUGAUGUUUUAGUGAUCGAAACAGUCCAUGCUGUAAAGGAUGUCAGUUUGAAACUGCCCAGAAGAAAUGCCAGGAAGCCAUUAAUGCUACAUGUAAAGGAGAAUCCUAUUGUACUGGUAGGUGGUUGUAGUCCUGUCUCUUCAGGAUCACUUUAAAAUUAUUUGCUUCUAAUAUUUUUGGAUCCUUCUACUUUGUCCUUUGUUCCAGACUUUAUAGAUCAUUUAUAUAUAAAACCUCGUAGAUGGUUACUACAAUGAGACAAAAAGGCAAAAAGAUCCUAAUUAGUGGUAAACCUAGAGAACCAACGUUGUAUUGAAAUCAGAAUAAAACAUAAACCAUUCCUUGUGAGGGGAGGAGGGAUGGAUAAGGGCUCCAGUCCAUGGCCAACUCACAUUAAGAUAUUAUAUUUUUUGUUUGACAAGCAGUAUAGUUCUCGUGUCUAUUUAAUGAAUGAUUUCACACUGAUUACAGCCAUUUUCUCCCAUGGUUAGGUACCAGCAGUGAAUGCUUGCCACCUGGAAAUGCACCAGAUGACACGAUCUGCGUAGAUUUAGGAAAAUGCAUGAGUGGGGAGUGCAGACCGUUCUGCGAGAUAGCAAACAAAAACCUUACGUCGUGUGCCUGCAGUGGUAAGUGGAUCAGCAAUAUAGCCUCUGCCCUGAAUGUGUCAGAUAUUAAAGUGCAUUCCUACUGAGAACUCACAGGGUUUCCCAAUGUAACAUCAAUUUUCAACCUUACUGUGUAUCCUAAGCCAUGGAGGGCCAAUGGGUAGAACUACUAAAGCCAUGAUGCUUUGCCAUUCCUAAAACAGGCGAAACAUCACAGGAGCUGUAGUUAGACAACUUUUUCAUGCAAAAAUUUAGUUAUCCGUAAAGGAUGCACGUAUUAUAUGUUAAAAUACAGGUUCCCUUCACAGAAACUUCUUUUUUGAUAAAACACACAAGAAUGGCAGAAUAAGAAGAUUGCACUAACAACUUAAAGCCUUUCUGUUUGUUACUGUUAAUAAAACUGCGUUUCUGUAUAUAGGGUAUUAUUUUCUCAAUCCUUAGUGUUUUGCUUUCAGAAAUUGAAAAUUCCUGUAAAGUCUGCUGCCGAAAUCGGAGUGGGAUUUGUAGUCCCUACGACAACGGAAAUCCGCCAUUUCUAUAUUUACGCAAAGGAAAACCGUGUACGGUGGGGUUCUGCGAUAUAAAUGUAAGCUAUCUUCUUCCUUCUCCAUGAAAUCUGUUUGUUCUCUCUCUACUUUCACAGGGCCCACAGUCAACUUUACUUUAGUAAAAGGUUUUUGUUUUUUUUAAUAAAACACCCCAAAUGGGAAUUUAUGAACACCCAUACAUUAGGGAAUUAAUCCAAACUAAUAUUUUACCAGUAACCCUCCCUCCUAACUCUGUGUAUUAAAAAUAGUGACUUUUCAUUUACCUUAAAUAUGGCUACGUAAUAAGUUCCCCCUUUCCACAUUUAUGCAUAUGUGAGAUGUUUAUUAAGACAUAGGGGUUGGCAGCGUUUUGACUGACUAGGAGAUUUUACUCAAUGUUGGGAAAGACGCCUAGUGAGUCGAAACACUGCCAACACCGGAGUCUGCUUUGGAUCAUCCAAAGUAGUGGGAUGUGUUAUUGAGAGGCGUUUGCAGUCCCUUUUCUGUGUACAUACCCUUUCCAUAAUUAAACUGAACCUUCUGUGCAUAUGUUACAGUACAACAUUGAUAGCAGCUGGAAGACGUGUUGGUGGUGGGGGCCGGGGAGAGGGCAUAGUAUGGUCCUUGGGUUAUGUAUUGUAUCUUAUAUAAGCAUGUAGUUCUAAAAAUGCCAGCAAAGUCAUUGCAAAUACAGAACAACACAUGAUUUAAUGUUCUUUAUUUUACCAUGUAUUCCAUUCUUUGUUGUAAGAUUUAUAGUGUCCCACUAGUUUUUUUCUGAACCUGCAGAAAGCAGCAUUGCCGAUUUAAAGGAUAUUUGUUUUACCUCCCCAAAUUUUUAGAAAACAUUAUGGAAUGAGGAUACAGUUGUAAAUGUAUCUGAUUUUGCUUAUUUAAUCCUGAGCGGCAAUAUCUAUGCUGUUUUGUGUACAAACUAUGUAUCUUUGUUUUAUGUAAAUUGUACACUUUUUAAGACUCUUUUCGUAAGUAGGCUAAUGAAACCAGGGUGGGUUGGGGUGGAGUUUUUCAAAUAAAAACUCGCACUUUUUUUAUUUUAUUUUUAAAUAUCCUGUAAUUUCAAAAUGCUUUUUGUGGCUGUAAUGAGAAAAUAAUAAAUGAGUGUGACAUCAUGCUAAACAGUAAAUGUUUUAUUCCACUGAAUAUGGAAAAUUCACUGUUUAGGAUUUUGUGUCAUGCUGGUUUUUGCUGGCAGAAUAGACCUCAGAUUAAUAUAAUGCUAUACAUUCAGUAGGUUUUAUCAGCUUAAGUUUGUGGUGGUUGUCAGGUGGGUAUAUAAUUCUCGGUCACUCUUGUCUUCUCCUGUGUAGAGGAUUGCAGUUUCCAACUUCUACCUGGGAGGGCUCUAAUAAUUUGUAUUCCUAACGCUAUAGUGUUCUUUUAAAUACAAACCUGUAUUCUUAAUGCUUUAGUGAGCUACUCACUAUAGCAGUAGAAAUGUAGGUUUGCUUACCUCUUCUCCAUGGCCAGCCACUCCUCCAUGAAUGGGAUCCCUAUCUUGAUAAUCUCAGCCAAUGCAAUGCUUUCUCAUAGGGAAGCAUUGAGAGGCUAUUGUGCAUGCGUGGCAAAAUGCCAUGCUGUGCCAAUCCGCAUAUCCUCAUAGAGAUUAAUUGAAGCAAACAUCGCAGGACCUAACCCAGGAAGUCCCUCUAGUGGCUGUUAGUGACUGCCACUAGAGGUGUUACUGGGCAGCAUUUACGGUGCACAGCCUGCAGGGACAUGCAAUAGACACCAGAAACCACUAUAUUAAGAUAUAGUGGUUCUGAUUACUGUAAUGUCCCUUUAACUCUUAAUAGUUAACCGUAGGUAUGUUUUAUUUGUUUUUUGUUUUUAAAUGCUUUUGUUUACCUCUGGUUGACCCUCUACUGUUUCACUUGUACGAUGCUCUUCAUAUUAUCCAAAAUAUCAUGACUGUUGUAAUGUUCAAUGUACAGGCUAAAUGAUCUCUUGUAAAUCUCCUCCCAAGUUAUCUCCUAUGUAGCCGGUGUGGCUGUUUGCUUUCCAGCACUGUGUUUACAAUAAGGACAUUAGAUUAUUGUUUAUUUGGGAAGGUCCUGAAGACAGCUGUGCUGAAUUUGUCAUGUACUAGUGAGUUAUCAGCCCCAGUCAGAGUGUUGUUAACCUGUCCCUAUUCACACAGGGGAAGUGCGAAAAGCAAGUUCAAGAUGUUAUCGAAAGGAUAUGGGAUUUCAUUGACAAACUCAGCAUCAACAUGCUAGGUAUGUUUGUUUUUGUAAUUUUGUUUUGUAACUGGACUUUGUCAUCAUUAAAGGGAUUCUCUAAGCACCAAAACAACUUUAACUCAAUGAAGCUGUUGUACAGAUCAUGCCCCUGCAGUCUCACUGCUCAGUUUUCUACCAAUUAGGAGUUAAAUCUCUUUUGUUUCUGUUUAUGCAGCCCUAGCCACACUUCCCCUGUCUGUAUCACACUCUCAAUAGGCCUGCAUUAAAAAAAAGUUUCAUUUCAGAUGUAACAUCAGUGUGUUUAAUUUAGAAGUUAUUAUCUCCUGCUCUGUUGAUUGAACUUUAAUCACACACGGGAGGAAUCUGAAGGCUCUAGCAUGCUUUUUACAUUGCAGGACAUAAUCCUGAGUUAAAAACACUGUGCAAUAAAACAAGUUUAAACAUUAGAUCUCUCUUUACAGGAAGUGUAUAGGAAGUCUGUGUAGGUCACAUGCAGGGAGCUGUGACCAGGGUUUCAUAACCAAACUAAUUUUACUCUUAAAUGGCAAAAAAUUUAGCAGUGAGACAUUACGGACAUGAUCUAUACAUCAAAACUGCUUCGUUAAGCUAAUGUUGUUUUGGUGCUUAUAGUGCCCCUUCCACCUCUGUUCCUGGAUGUGCUAGCUUUAGCUUCAAUUUGUCAGGCUAAUUGGAAUUUUUUUUUUUUCCCAGCUUUGCUAUUUUGGCAUAGUCUUUGCAUGUAAUUUGUCUGCUAUGUGCUAUCUAUGUGAGUGUUGUGUUGCUGGGUGAUUCUGUCUCAAGGACCUUAUCUGGACUUAACUGGUUUCCCAUCUAAUAUCCAUUGAAUAGAUAAUAGGGUCCUAGGUAGAAGGACCCUAUUAUCUACAGGCAUCUCCCACAUUCUACGAGAACACCUCCAAAGAGAAUAAUCAUUAAUAUUUAGCCACCACUUUGUGUGACCCUUAAACAUAUGACUCUCUUGGUUACAUUUACACAGACUUUCCCUCACUGGGAAAAUUUAUUUAUUUUAUUUCUAUCUGCAAUCCUCACACUUCGGUAAGCUGGUAAGGGACGUUAGCUGAAAGGGACCUAUUUUAUCUUGGCAAAGCUGGGCCUAAGUAGUAAAUUUUAACUUCACACACCAUUAUGCAGGUUUAGUAACUAAACCGUAAAUUAAUGUGAAUUCACAAAUUGCAGGAUUUUCACAUUUUAGGCCAGUUUGCAUGUAUUCUCACUUAGCUGUUUGGCCUAAACAUUUCCAUUAAUUGGUGAAUUUAUAGUGUUUGGGACAGGGUCACACACAAAAAAUAUAUAUACACAAUAUAUGAUUUUUCUGAGGGUUCAUUUUAAAGAUAAAGACAUGUCAAAGAAGUACCUGCUAAGCCUUAUCGGGCCUGUGUUCUGUUUUAGAUUACAGCUCUCAUCACUCCCAGCCAUGGUUGUUUAGCAGUAUGAAAAGACCUGUGGAUGCGGUUAUCGAGCAGUGGUUUCAAUGAAUAAGAUUUGUGAUAAUCAUGGAUUAAAUUAUACAUUUUCUUGUUUCUCUCCAGGAAAGUUCCUUGCAGAUAAUAUUGUAGGCUCUGUCAUUGUAUUUUCUUUGGUAUUCUGGAUUCCCCUGAGUAUUCUUGUCCAUUGUGUGGUAAGUAAGAGUCAUAUCGUACAUUGUGCACAAUGUCAUGUAAUCUUUCUACUACAAUAAAAAAAAAAGUGUAAUCUUUUAGCAGGAAAAUAUUUAUAUGUUAAAAAUAUAUUUUAUUAUUUCGUUGUCAUUUUAAAGAGCCACUUAGGGCAAUCAGAUCAGUUAAUCUCGAUUUAAAGUGGUCACUGUGCAGUGGACCUGUAUGUUUCCAUUGUAGGGUUAAAGGGAUACUGUGGUGUUAAGAAUACAAAGAUGUAUUCUGAACACUAUACUUCUCUUUGUCCGGCACUGCAAGGGUUAGUAAACCCUUACUGCACUGACCCGAUUCCAUUGCCAAUCUCCCUUGGUGCUGGGUCGGCGCUUCACCUCCUGCAACGCUACCUGGGUGGGGUUUGGCGCUAAUGCGCAUGUGUGGCAAGCGUAACAAACUUUUCCUAUGGGAUUUUACUGUCGCUGGAUGUCCUCAUGCAGAGCAGAAAGUGCCUAUAGUGGCUGUCUGGUUGACCGCCACUAGCAAGGCACUCUUAGUCCUGCAAUGUAAUUAUUGCUGUUUCUCUGGAACUGCAAUAAUUAAUAUUGCAUGACUAAAGGGGUCUGGGACACUGCACUGAGCUGAAUAAUGUCCCUUUAACACAACUCUAGUGGCUGUCGUCCUUACAACCACUAGAGGCACUUUUGCAUUGAGAACGGAGUCAAACUUGCUUUUCAAGUUCUCCUAGAGCAGCAUUUUAUUGGUGCAGGGAUUUUCGGAGACAUUUGAAUGGCUGAGAUCAUCAAGAUCUCUAAGGAGACGAGGCAGCCGUAGAUUGAGCAGCACGGCAAUGGAGAAAAGGUAAGUAAAUAUAACUUUUCCAUACACUCUGAGGGAUCUGGGGAUGAGGCCAAACACCUAAAAAGCUACAGCUUACUACAGCGUUAAGAAUAGAAAUGUUUGUGUUCCUAACGCUGUAGUGUUUAAUACUUUAAAAUAUUUUUAUUUUUUUUAAACCUUAAGAAAUAAUUUUUUGUAGUCACAAUUUUUAAUUCCUAUGAACCCAUAGCUUUUCUUGCCUUCUGUUAUGAUUGUCAUGUUGCUGUGUGGUGCAGUGUGUGAUCUUGGUGUGUAUGUCUCCUUUAAUUUGUUGCUGGGUAGGAUGCGAGUUUCAGAAUGGUGUCACUUUUCGAUGCACUUAUAAAAGAGUCACUAAAGGCUGUAAGACCCCCGUUGUUAAUGCACUAUAGACCCAAUACUUUAAAAAAAAAAAAGUCAAGAGCUCCUCAUUCUGAUCUUUCAAUCUUAUGCCUGUCUUGUCUUAUCCAAUAAACGUCUGUCUGAUGGUGUUUGUCAGAUCAGAUUGGUAAGAAUGCUGAAAAAUGUAAUAGCGGCCAUACUGCAAAUGGAUUCAGUUUGAUAGCCCUAGAGAACGACACUUUGAGCGCGAAAUAACUUUAUCGCUCCCGUGCACUGUGCAUAAAGGUUAACUCUUUCAAGCCCUCAUAACUAUAGUGCGCUGCUUCUUAGUCAAUGUCUUAAUUCUUUUUACACUCUUCAAAUUGUCUUACGGUAAUAACAAAAACUGUAAUAUGUUGAUUAUUUCAUUAUAAUAGUUCAUGUAUACAACUACUGAGCUGUGAUGUCACUAAUGUGAUAUUUUUUUUUUUAAUAAUAUUGUUUGGGGUUUUUUUGUGUUCAUAUGAUUGAAUUCCUGUUAAUGAUCUACAUAUUUUCAUUUCUCAAUUUCUUAGGACAAGAAACUGGAUAGGCAAUAUGAAGAAAACACCAAAUCUUUAUUUUUACCCAGCGUAAGUUAUCAUUACUUCUCCUACCUAUCUGUACAAGUUUGGAAAGCUUUGUCAGUGUUCGCUCUGUUCGUGUAGGUUGCAAUGCCAGCUCUGCUCUACAUGGUUCUAUAUUAGCUAUGCCAGCUCUGCCCUGCGUGGUUCUAUAUUAGCAAUGCCAGCUCUGCCCUGCGUGGUUCUAUAUUAGCAGUGCCAGCUCUGCCCUGCAUGGUUCUAUAUUAGCAAUGCCAGCUCUGCCCUGCAUGGUUCUAUAUUAGCAGUGCCAGCUCUGCCCUGCAUGGUUCUAUAUUAGCAAUGCCAGCUCUCCCCUGCAUGGUUCUAUAUUAGCAAUGCCAGCUCUCCCCUGCAUGGUUCUAUAUUAGUAAUGCCAGCUCUGCCCUGCAUGGUUCUAUAUUAGCAAUGCCAGCUCUGGCUUGCAUAGUUCUAUAUUAGCAAUGCCAGUUCUGCCCUGCAUGGUUCUAUAUUAGCAAUGCCAGCUCUGCCCUGUGUGGUUCUAUAUUAGCAGUGCCAGCUCUGCCCUGCUUGGUUCUAUAUUGGCAGUGCCAGCUCUGCCCUGCUUGGUUCUAUAUUGGCAAUGCCAUCUCUGCUCUGCAUGGGUCUAUAUUUGCAGCGCCAGCUCUGCCCUGUAUGGUUCUAUAUUAGCAGUUCCAGCUCUGCCCUGCAUGGUUAUAUAUUAGCAGUUCCAGCAUUGCCCUGCAUAGUUCUAUAUUCACAAUGCCAGCUCUGGCUUGCAUGGUUCUAUAUUAGCAGUGCCAGCAUUGCCCAACAUGGUUCUAUAUUAGCAGUGCCAGCUCUGGCUUGCAUGGUUCUAUAUUAGCAGUACCAGCUCUGCCCUGCAUAGUUCUAUAUUAGCAAUGCCAGCUCUGGCUUGCAUGGUUUUAUAUUAGCAGUGCCAGCAUUGCCCUGCAUGGUUAUAUAUUAGCAGUGCCAACUCUGGCUUGCAUGGUUCUAUGUACGCAGUACCAGCUCUGCCCUGCAUGAUUCUAUAUUUUAUUAGAAGUGCCACCUCUGUAGAAUGCCUUUAGAAUAAAACUUUAUUUUGAAGAAUAACAAUUCUUUAUUCCUACUUUUCUCUGUUGCUGAUUAAUGUGGAAAUAGAAUGCGGAGAUGAUGAGCAGUAUGGACUCUGCUCCAGUGCGGAUAGUGAAGCCAUUUCCUUCCUCCCAACCCACUCCCCGGUUCCAGUCACUGCAGCAGGUUCCGGUUGCGCCAGCCUCUGCCUCGGCCUGCAAGUCUGACCACCAAAGAAUGGAUACUAUACAGGAGGAUCCAAGCACGGAUUCUCACCUUGAUGAUCAGUUUGACGAGGACCCCUUUCCUGCUAGUGGCUCUCCAGCAAAGUCCUUUGAGGACCUGACUGAUCACCCUGUAAUCAGGAGUGAGAAGGCCUCUUCCUUCAAAUUACAGCGGCAGUGUCGUGUGGACAGCAAGGAGACAGAGUGUUGACCCAGCACCCCAUAGGCAACUUAGACAAUCAUUUCAUUUGUCCUAAAAGCUAGGCAGGUUAACUGUGGGUGGAAACAAGACCAAAACGGUGUGACAUCAGAGGAAAUGUGAAGAGCUUCUUAUCAUUAUGGUUAAACCCCAUCAAAGCCAGCCCUUAUUCCUUAUGGAUCUUGCACUCCAGUUGCUGCUGGGUUAGCUAUAAGUGGGCCUCCAGCUGUUUAAGGUCUACAUCUCUCAUAAUCCUUUAGCAGCCACUUGCUUUGUGGCUGAUGGGAGUUGUAGUCCUUUGUACACUGGACACCUGUUUUAUUGCGUACUUUAAAGUCUGCGCCCCACUUUCCUGUGCUCAGGAAGCUAUAAAACUGGUUAACCCAAGAGAAUUAAAAAUGAAGAUCUGGGAAGAUGUCCGCUUUUUUGGGUGAUAAAACCAUCAUUUCAAUGUGCUGCACACUUACUGAAUAUAGUUAUAAGCUGUGAUUUUGUUUGGGUCUUUGAAUGGUAGUGUAAUUUUUAACAAGCAUUUGUCUGCUUCAUGUCUUUGUGCCUUUGUAGAGUGAUCCUUAAUAGCAGGGUUAUUCAGUUUGGACUAAAAGUCCCAUCAUUCUCAGCCAACAGAUGGUGAUGCCCAAGAAUGGUGGGCUUUGCUUCUCAAUCCAUAGCUGGAAUGCCAUGGGCGAGCACAUCCGUCAUAACCCUUUAAUUGCUUGUGGGCAUUCAGUGUGUCAAUUCUGUUCUUAUCCUAAGGGAGUUCAUGUUAUGUCAAUAUUCAAAUAAGAUUCCAGAGAAGCCAUCAAUUGCCAAAUAGCAGUGCACUUUGUAAAAUAGAGAUAGGGAACAUUCCUAUAUAUGCUUUUCUAAGCUGACUGUGUGUGAAUUUCAUUGCUUUGUUUUUUUUACACUCCGUUACAUGCUUUUCUUAAUAUCUUGUUUGGCAAAAUCCUGGCUGCUGUUUUUCAUUUCACUCAUUUUGCAUAACCACAAAGCCUGAUGUUUGUUCAUUUCCCAGUUAUUGACCAAGCCUGAAUGAGUCCACUGCAGAGCUGAUUUAAAUUAAAUUCUAUGAUUUAUUGUGGCUGGGCUGAGGUUAAAGCCUCCUGACACGUUUUUUUUCCCUCUCUAAUUUACUUUUCUUAUUGACUGAUUACUUAGAGGACAAAUAAUAUUCACAACUUUAUCCGGAAGUGUCUCAUCUUCUUAAAUUUUCAGUGCGCACUUUAAAAUAAAUCAUUAAAUCUAUUUACCAUUAAACACAGCCUUAAUUAAGAUUUGAUUCUUGUAUCGCUACCAGUUGUCUUGAUGUUUUGUUUUGACGAAUCCUCUAUUAUCCCCAUCUAAUGGUUUGCAUACUUUUUGUCCAGUUAAUGUGCUUAUAUCAUUUUGUUUUCUUAUUGCACAGUACAAUAGUGACCUGUCAGUUUGUGCACUGUAGAAAUGAUUUUUUAAGUUCAUACUUUCCAUUACGGAUUGUCUUGAUAUAAUAGGACUGGAAGAACGAUUAACUUUUAUACAACGUUAGACUGAUGCGUUCUAAUAUUGCAAUUAUUUAAUCUGUAUAUGGCUCAGGGUGGAUUGUAUUAACCAAUUUUUACACACAAUUUUUACCGUUGUCCUUUAAUCCACUAAAAGGCAAACUGUCCUCUCCUGAUGUGUGAUUUAGUUUUUUCAUUUCUUCCCUCCCCAAAUUUUGAAUAAUAAUAAAAUGUACUCUGCGUGAUUAUAGAACAAUAAUUCCAACAUAGUGCUGCCAUUUAAGGAAUCCUGCUUUGCCUGGCAGUACACGAACGUGCCAUUCCCUGCCAUGAUCAUAAUUGCAAGCUGGUCACUAUAGACGAUAGGGUAGCUAGCAAGAGCAGUAUUUUAUAUCAGGAAAUUCCAUUUUGAUAGAUGAUAUUUAAAGACUAGAUUGCGCCCUGGCAUAAUCAGGCACUGGAAUACUCCUCUAGAAAUUACACCAUUAAAUAAAACCUUGAUAAUCAUAAUUUGUGUUUUACAUUUUGAAAGAAAACAGAACAUGAAUAGGGUGUUUACAUUUUGCAGUUGGUGUCCAAUGCAGUCCAGGCACAGGCAGGGCACACAAUUCAAAUGAGAAGAGAAACAAUGUUUCGGUUUGUCCUCUUCCUCUUUGUUCAAUAGGCAACAUUUAUAAUCAAGAUUGACAGGGAGCCAAGUCUAAGGCAUUCCAGAAAAGGUAGAGAGUUUAGUAUAGUGGUGCGGAUAUCUAGAUUAAUUUUAAUUUUCAGAUCACAAACAUUUUUGCCAACUAUAGGGGAUAAGUCAAAAUACUGGAAGGUGACAGUGUCCCUUUAAGGGGUAAAAUAAAACCGAAUUCUUCACUAAGUAUUGGAGGUAAAUUGAUGAUAAAUAGAUGUAAUUGUUCAUUACACCCCCUUCCACCAAUGCGUUCACCCUGCCACCUGUAAUCUGUCCCUAUGUGUUUUAACAUACCUCAUUCAGUAAUUUUUAUUGAUGUGGUUUGUUUGGUCACCAAUGAGCUAAUUUAAAAUACAGUUUUAACUUUUUUUUUUUUUUUUUUACCUUCAGUCUUUUCCUGCGGCUUCAUUCUAAAGUGCAGGGUGUUCUGCAGCAGUAAAACAAACGAGGAUAUACCAUAAUUGUUACACGUGCAUGAUUUCUCAGUGCGCUAUAAUUAUACAAAAAGGGGGUUUUAGAAUAAGGCAGCUUGUACUAACCGUUAUUAAUUCUGAACCACCUAUGUUAAUACGAAGGUGUGUUUAUUUCAAUUAGCAAAGGGUGUGUGUUAAAGGAACUCUCUAAGCACCAUAACUACGACAAUGUGCCAUAGUGGUUGUGGUGCCAUGAGUGCCCCCCUUCCAAAACGUAAGCAGUGGGGUUUUCGGAGUUUCAUUGGCUCUUCAUAACAGGGUUUAGCUCUGGAAAGAUGACACAUUAGCAGAGAGCUUGAGCUGGUUUCCAACAGCCAAUUAAAAAAGCCCUGCACCACCAUGCUUAGCCUAAAGAGAGUUUAUGGCCCUUAUAGUGUCAGCGACCAGCACCCUGCAGACCCCAGUUAAGAAGUCAAAUUGUCGACUCCUUAUAUUAGUAUUAGGUCACCAGUGCACUAGUGGCAACAUAAUCGUUUCAAUGCAUUUUGGUGGCUAUGGUGUUCGGAAUGUUCCAUUUCUGUGUCUGCAUAUUUGACAGUUCUAAAAUGUUUGUAACCUGCUCUCACUGAACACUGCUCUGAUUUCCUGAAAACCCUCUGCCAUGUUUAUUCACUUGUGAGUAAAUUGCCUUGAAUUCAUAGUGAAUUUUAUAUUAUAGGCCACAAAAGACAAUUGGGAAAAAAUGUCCACGUCCAUUAUUUAUUCUGUUCAUUUAUUUUGGCCUACAUUUUUAAAUUGUCUUUGAAUUCACAGCAAGUCACACUUUAACUGUUGUAUUUAAGGGAGGAAAGAACUUUGGUUUACUCGCUAGCCUUCCCUCAGUUUGUAUAAAGAUGGCUGCCUGCAGAUGUCCCCAUCCUAGUGUGUGCGAAUCGACCAUCGCAUUUUCCACAGCAGCAACUGAUUUCAGAACCCGGUAGCAUUCGUGUCACCUUUUCUGUCUCAUAUUUUUGUAAUGUUUUCCAGGAAUUUACAGGCUGCUAAAUGACAAUUCACUGCUAAUAUCCUAUAGUAUGAGAACUAUAAUGGGCCGUUAACGGGCUCUGGUGAUCCCAUGAGUGUAUACACGUAUUUAUUUAUUUGAAUUUUGGAUACUGAACAUCUAUAGUGAGUAAAAAUCGCACUAAGUGGUGAAAACCACAGAAAGAUAAAACAAGGACAAUUUUCAGUGUAAUCUUUCAACACCUUUUUUCCUGUAGUAGUUAAAAGGAAUUCUAAUGAUCACAUUUAAAGCUUAUAAGAGCGUUGAAUUGUUAGCAUUAUUUUUUUGUGAAUAUUUCUACACAGUAUUAAACAUCUAGGUCUUUGAUUCAUUCAUGUUUUUUUAGUUUUAAAAAAAAUCUGCAAAAAUUGACAUUACAUAACUCUUAUUGCCCACCUGCCAUUUUUCAUAUAUUUGGUUGUAUAUGGUUUUUGUAAUUUGUAACAUGAAAUUUCUUACAAAAUAUUAAUCGUUUGCUUUUUGUGUUUUGUAUCCCUCUAACCACUAUCACGGUACGCCGUACCCAAGCGCACCCGCAAAGGAUAGAAUUCUAAGUACUGUACAUUUAUUAGCAAUUGUUAAAUCCAUGUUGUAAUUAUUAUCAAACUAAUUUCAGACUAACACUGAUGUUAUUGUAAAGUCUAUAGCGAACUGCUGUAAAUGUCACUUAAUAUUUUUGGUUAAGAAUUGUAAAUGUAUUUGUGCCUUACAACAUGCUUUUAAUACAAACUUUUUGUAAUUUGGAUAUUUCAAGUGUUGAUGUUCUUUAACAAAAAAAAAUAAUUGUUCUCAAAGUGGCAAAAGUCGAGCGCAUUUUCUAUUGUGUGUGUGCAUUUUAUAAAGAUGUAUAUUUUUUACUUCAGAUGACAAGUCUUAAUUUAAAAAACAAACAAACCAAAACCAACUACAGGUGCUACAGAAGCAGUAAAAUGUAUUAUUUUAUAAAGGAAUAAACAUCCUUUACAGAGGUGCUUGAUAGUAGGUUUCAGGUUUGCUGUUUGCACAAUAAAAGAAUGCUUGUUAAUUGUGAGAUGUGUUGGGUCAUUGCUUUUAUAUCUGCUAGUUUGUAAGAAGUCAUGUUUGCUGACUGUUGCCGGUAUAUUAUUCGAUAUUGGAUUUAUAGAGUAUUAAAUACAUUUUGGUAACUUUGUGCCUCAGCAUCUAGUUAGUACCUUUUUAAUAUUAACCCCUUCCAGACCACGGAUAUCAGGACAACAAAGGAUUUGAUCUCAAAGGGUUAACGCACAUUGGUGUUGUACAUUUAAAAAAAUAUAGUAAUAUACAGGCCCAGAAAUGGCGAUCUGCACAAAUUCUCAGUAUAUUGCCUCUGGUGUCUGAGUUCAGUAUAGAACCCAGUGAGUACAGAGUAUUGUGUAACCAGUAUUCUUUAGAAACCGGCGUCACAGAUAGGUGUGGAGACUGUGGUCCGUAUAGAAAGGCACUCCGUAAAGAUAUUUAGAACCUGUGAAAUAUGAAAAGUAAUUAUUAACACAUUAUUUGAUUCACCCAGAAUUUACCUCUGGUGUCUAGUUCUUUGAAUAAGACUCCACAGGUAAAUCUGGGGUAAAUUUAUUUAUACUGGUGUGGAUUAAAAUGAUCUUGAUUUGGGUGAACUGAAUGAAACCGAUUUAGUCUAGUUUCUAAUCACUCCAGAAAAGUAAAACAAAUGCAUUAUCCAACAGUGUAAUCUCUACGACAGGUGAUUCUAGCAAUGCUGCACUCUUAUUUUUAAUUGAUUAGAGGACAAACAAAAUUUCAGUAGUUUGCUAUAAUUUACAUCACUUUCUUAUUCCCAGUGUUUCUAAGUAUCCAUUCAGAGCAUGGAUGGCCAGGACAAGUCCAUGCCUGUGAAUUUGCAACGGAAUUCUAGGACUCUGUUUUCUUGUCCUGAAGCAAGGAGGCUUCGGGGUUUAGACUGUCCACAUCGUUCCAGUAGGGGAGGAUAAAGGGAAGAUCUGAAGCUUUCCGCUCCAAGAUCUGCCACAGCUGGGACUCCACAAAUCUAUUUCCUUCAUCUGAUAAGUGGAGCCCAUCAGAAAGAUAUAGUGUAAAGUCCU